AAGUCAAAGUCACAGAGAAAAGGAACUAAAGAAGAAACCAGUCCUUGAAGAGGUAUUUAACGCAGCUUCUUUCAAAGUUGGUGACAGUAUGGAAUUGAAGUGCAAAUUCAGUGGUGAACCAAAGCCAACUGUCAAGUGGUUUAAGAAUGGAAAAGAAAUCAGGCCAACCUCACUUACCAAAAUUAUUCAAGAUGGUGAAGUGUGUACUUUAAAAACCAAUAAAUUCACAAAGAAUGAUGUUGGUGUUUACAAGUGUGUUGUCACAAACACUGUUGGUUCUGUUGAAUGUGAAGCUACUAUUACACUUGAUGAAGAAAAGCCUAAGGAACGCAAACCUGAAUUUGAAGAAAUCUUUACAUCAGCCAAUAUCAAAUUGAACGAACCAUUGGAACUGAAAUGUAAAGUAACAGGUGAACCAAAGCCUUCCAUUAAGUGGUUUAAAGACAACAAGGAAAUCAGACAAACCUCUCUCACCAAAAUUAUUCAAGAUGGCUCAGUAUAUACUCUGAAAACUAGCAAAUUCACUAAGAAUGAUGUCGGUGUUUACAAGUGUGUUGCUACAAAUUCCACUGGCUCAGUUGAAUGCGAAGCUACUAUUACACUUGAGGAAGAAAAGACACGCAAACCUGAAUUUGAAGAAAUCUUUACAUCAGCCACUUUCAAAUUGAAUGAACCAUUGGAGCUGAAAUGUAAGGUAACAGGUGAACCAAAGCCUACCAUUAAGUGGUUUAAAGACAACAAGGAAAUCAAACAAACCUCUCUCACCAAAAUUAUUCAAGAUGGCUCAGUAUAUACUCUAAAAACCAGUAAAUUCACAAAGAAUGAUGUCGGUGUUUACAAGUGUGUUGCUACAAAUUCUUCUGGUUCAGUUGAAUGCGAAGCUACUAUUACACUUGAGGAAGAAAAGACACGCAAACCUGAAUUUGAAGAAAUCUUCACAUCAGCUACUAUCAAAUUGAAUGAACCAUUGGAGCUGAAAUGUAAGGUAACAGGUGAACCAAAGCCUACCAUUAAGUGGUUUAAAGACAACAAAGAAAUUAAGCCAACAUCACUUACCAAAAUUACUCAAGAUGGUACUAUAUGUAUAUUAAAAACAACUAAAUUCACUAAGAAUGAAGUCGGUGUUUACAAGUGUGUUGCUACAAAUUCCACUGGUUCAGUUGAAUGUGAAGCUACUAUCACACUUGAGGAAGAAAAACCAAAGGAAGCCAAACCAGAACAGAAGAAACCUGAACAGAAGAAACCUGAAUUUGUAGAAGUUCUUCAACCAACUAGCAUCAAAAAUGAAGAAAGUUUGAAUUUGGUGUGCAAAGUUACUGGUGAACCCAAACCGACCAUCAAAUGGUUCAAAGACAAUGUUGAAAUUAAGCCAACUAUUAAAUAUAAGAUGUCACAAGAGGGAGAUGUAUGCACUUUGAAAAUGGCUAAAUUUACUAAAGCAGAUGCAGGCAUUUAUAAAUGUCUUGCAACUAAUCCUGCAGGAUCAACAAGUUGUGAAGCUUCAGUUACCUUAUUUGAACAAGCUCCAGAAUUUGUUAAAGUCCUUGAACCAGCUACUGUGAAGACAAAUGAAGUUGUAGAACUGACAUGUGAAGUCACUGGUGAACCUAAACCAACAAUUAAAUGGUUUAAAAAUGAUAAGGAGAUUAAAAACACUUCCAAAUCUCCAAUUACUCGCCAAGAAAAUGUUUGCACCUUGAAAAUACCUACAUUCACAAAACCAGAAGCUGGUAUAUACAAAUGUGUUGCUACUAAUUCAGCUGGCUCAGCAGAAUGUGAAGCUACAAUCAAUCUAUUUGAGCAAAAGCCAGAAUUUGAAGAAAUUCUUCAACCUGUGACUCUGAAGGCUGAUGAACCAUUAGAGCUUAAGUGCACAGUAAUUGGUGAACCCAAACCAACUGUUAAAUGGUUUAAAGAUAACAAGGAAAUUAAGAAUACUUCCAAGAACAAAAUUACCAUGGAUGAUAAAGUAUGCUACAUGAAAGUGCCUAAGUUUACCAAAGCAGAAGCUGGAAUAUACAAAUGUGUUGCUACAAACUCAGCUGGCACUGCUGAGUGUGAGGCAUCUGUUGUUCUCUAUGAACGCAAGCCAGAAUUUGUAGAAGUAUUGCAACCAGUGACAAAGAAAGCUGAUGAAGAAGUAGAAAUGAGAUGUAAAGUAACUGGUGACCCUAAACCUACAGUGAAAUGGUUCAAGGAUGGCAAAGAAAUAAAGACUUCUUCCAAAUAUAAAAUCUCAACAGAGGAAGAUGUUUGCAUUUUGAAAAUACUAAAAUUUGCAAAGCCUGAUAGUGGCGUAUACAAAUGUGUUGCAACUAAUUCCGCUGGUUCAGCAGAAUGUGAAGCACCUGUUAAUAUCUAUGAAGUAAAACCAGAAUUUGAAGAAGUCAUUCAACCUUCUGUACUGAAGAUUAAUGAAGAGUUAGUGUUGAAAAGCAAAGUUACUGGUGAACCUAAGCCUACUGUGAAAUGGUUCAAGGAUGGCAAAGAAGUAAGAAACACAGCUAAGAGUGUUAUAACUCAAGAUGGGCAACAGUGCACUCUGAAAAUACCAAAGAUUUCAAAGACAGAUAUUGGUCUUUAUAAAUGUGUUGCAACAAACCCUGCUGGAUCUGCUGAAUGUGAAGCUCCUGUUUCACUUGAAGAAGAAAAGCCAGCAGAAAAGAAACCAGAGGAAAAGAAACCAGAAGAAAAGAAGCCAGAGCAAAAGAAACCUGUAUUUGAAGAGAUCUUCAGUUCAACAAUCAUCAAGGUGAAUGACAUUUUGGAAUUGAAAUGUAAGGUAACUGGUGAACCGAAACCUACCAUCAAGUGGUUUAAAGAUAACAAAGAAAUUAAGCCAACAUCUCUUACCAAACUUACUCAAGAUGGCCAAGUGUGCAUAUUAAAAACCAGUAAAUGCACAAAGAAUGAUGUUGGUGUUUACAAAUGUGUUGCCACAAACCCUGCUGGAUCUGCUGAGUGUGAAGCUACUAUAACACUUGAGGAAGAAAAACCAAAAGAAAAGAAACCAGAGCAAAAGAAACCAGAAUUUGAAGAGAUCUUCCCAUCAGUAUCCCUUAAACCUAAUGACGUUUUGGAACUGAAAUGCAAGGUAACUGGUGAACCAAAGCCUACUAUUAAGUGGUUUAAAGACAACAAAGAAAUUAAACCAACAUCACUUACCAAACUCACACAAGAUGGCCCUGUAUGUGUACUAAAAACCAGCAAAUUCUCCAAGAAUGAAGUUGGUGUUUACAAAUGUCUUGCCACAAAUCCUGCUGGUUCUGCAGAAUGUGAAGCCACUGUUUCACUUGAAGAAAAACCAAAAGAUGAGAAGAAGGAACCAGUUGAAAAAGUUAAAACUCCACCUAAGAUUGAAGAUGUCACAGAAUCUACUAAAAUUAUGGAAGAUAAACCUUUUGAAAUAAGAUGUAAAGUAACUGGUGAUCCGAAACCCACAAUCAAAUGGUUUAAGGAUGAUAAACCAAUUACAUCAAAUGCUGACAUCAAAAUAUCUCAAGAUGGCACUACUUGCAUUAUAAAACUUCCCAAAACAAAGAAAGAUCAAAGUGGAACAUAUAAAUGUGUUGCCACAAAUGCUGUUGGAACUGCAGAAUGUACAUGUACAGUUACUGUUGAAGAAAAAACAGAGGCACCAGUUUUUACAAGGAAACUUACAAAGAAAGACUGCAGGGAAGGGCGGCCAUUUUCAGUUGAUGUUGGUGUUAAAGGUAUACCUUUGCCCGAGGUUACCUGGUAUAUAAAUCAAAAGCUUAUUGAAUCUAAUGAAAGGUUCAAACUUGAAACUAAAAAAGCUUUCUCUGACAUUCAACAUACACUAAAGAUUGAUGCAGUUGAACUGGAAGAUGCAGGCAUUAUUAAAGCUGUUGCCAAAAAUAUUGCUGGUGAAGCAGAAACUGAAGGAGAAUUUAUUGUAGAAGAAAAGAAAGAAACACCCAAGUUUAUCAAAAAGCUUGAAAAUUAUGAAAUUGAUGAAUUAGAAACUUUCAACAUGGAAGUUAUUGUAAGCGGCAAACCUAAGCCUAAUGUUGUCUGGCUCAAAGGCAAUAAAGAAUUGACUGAGGAUGACAACAUAAAGUUUUUGGUUGAAGAUGAUAAGCAUACAUUGCAAUUUAAGUAUGUUUCUACAGAUGAUGCUGGAUUGUUCACUGCUCGAGCUGUAAAUCCUGCUGGUCAAAUGGCUUGUAAUGGCCGUUUGAAAGUUAUCCCUGUUAAGAAGCCAUCCUUUGUCAAGAAACCAGUUGAUAAAUUGGUACCUGAAAAUGGUUCAGUUACAUUUGAUUGUAAAGUCAGUGGACAACCAUCACCUACUGUUACCUGGUACAUCAAUGAUAAGGAACUCAAAGAAAGUGACAUUAUUCAUUUUGAUUCUCCAAAGAAAGAUGAAUAUACUCUUACCAUUGAUAAAGCUAGCCCUGAACUGAAAGGAAAACUGAAAGCUGUUGCAAUUAAUAGGGGAGGAGAAGCUUCAGCUGAAGCCAAGAUUGAUAUUAGAGGCAGAGCACCAGAGUUCAUUGAAGUACCUCAGAAAUGUACAAUUUUGGAAGAUGGUACCACAGAAUUCCGUUGCAAGAUUGCUGGUGAACCUAAACCAACAAUUGAGUGGUCUAAGGGAAAAUGGAUGAAACUUCAAGAUGGUGGACGUAUUAAAAUCUAUUAUGAUGAAAAAACAGGAGAAGAGGUUAUGAAGAUGGAAACAACCAAAACUGGAGAUGCAGGUACUUACACUGUAACGUUGACCAAUGAGCAUGGAACAGAAUCUGCACCAGCAACUCUUAUUGUAACAGACAAGGAAGAGGAGGAAACAGAUUGGAAAGCCGGCUUAAAACACAGGGAGCAAGAAGAACGAGAACUUGAAGAAGACGCUGGCUUUGAUAUUAACCUUCGUAAGGUUGAACUGGAAGAACAAGAGGUGACUCUAACUGAUACCACCAAACGUACUAUGGAAAUUGAAGCAGAUGAAGUAACAUAUGAUCUAAAGAAGAGAGAUAUGCCUGAAUUGGAUGAAUUCAAAGACAAAACAUAUGAUCUUCAAAAACGUGAAGACAUUGAGUUAGCUAAAGUAGAUAAGAAACCUGGAAAGGAUGAAAAAGAGAAAGAUAAAAAGAAACCUGAAGACAAAUAUGCAAAGAAACCCAAAGAAAAAGAUACUGCUACCCUAGAAGAUGGUGGUUUCAAGACUGUCAAGAAAACGUGGAAAUGGGUGAGACCAUUAGAAGAUACGGAAGUAAAAGAACGAGAAUGUGCAACAUUCGAAUGUGAACUAUUUGUUGCUGAUGUAAUUGUGGCUUGGAAAGUACAUGGAGAAGAAAUUGAGGCUAGUCCCAAAUAUAACUUCAAAGCUAAUGGAAAAGUUCAUACUUUGAUUAUUACCAAAUGCCGUCCAAAAGAUGAAGGUGCUGUGUCUUGCUCAUAUGGCAGUAUUACGACUGAAGCCAAAUUGUCCGUAGAACCUGUUCCUCCUGAUUUUGUUGAUGUCAUCAAAGAUUUAACUGUUCCUGAAAAAAGUGAAGCUGUGUUCCAAUGCAAAACAAAUGACGAUGAAGCUGAAGUUGAAUGGUUCUUAGAUGGUAAACCUAUAUCUAAGAACACUAGGUAUAAAACUGAGUGGAAUCGUUUCACUCACACCCUUACAAUUAAGAACGUCGUUCCAACUGAUGAGUGUGAAGUAACUGCAAAAUUGCUUGAAAAAGAAUGCCGAGCUAAGUUAACAGUUACAGCAUUACCUGCUAAGUUUGUUCAGAAGAUUCGAGAUAAAAGUGUUAAAGAACUUGGCAGAACAGAGUUUUCAUGUGAAGUAUCUAGACCUGGAGCUCGUGUCAAAUGGUUUAUAGGUGGAAAGGAAAUCAGCAGCGAUGAUGAUCGUUAUGAAAUAGUUGCAAAGGGAGCAAUUCAUAAAUUGAUCAUAAAAGAAGCAAAGUUCAGUGAUGCUGGUACAAUAAUGGCAUCUGUUGAUAAUGAUAAGACAUCUGCUAAAUUGAAAGUCGAAGACACACCUUUGGUAUUCAUUAAAGAAUUGAAUAAUGUGGUUGUCUAUGAGAAACAAGAAUUGUUUACUCUUGAUGUUACAAUAUCUAAGCCUCAACCCAAAGUGACAUGGUAUUUUAAAAAUCAACAAAUCAUGAAUGAUAAGAGACAUGAAAUUAAGUGCACGAAUAAAGAGAAAACUGCUUUUGAACUUGUUAUAUACAAUGUUGAACUUUCUGAUGAAGGAUUAUAUAGUUGCAAGGCUGGCAAAUUAUCAACACAAGGAGUUGUUACUGUUAAGGAAGAAGAAGCUGUAUUCACCACUGACAUGGAGGAUAAGACUAUCAAAGAAACUGAGUCAGCUGAGUUUACUUGUGAGUUAAACAAACCUAACAAAAAGGUUCAAUGGAUGAAGAAUAAGAAGACUCUUAAAUCAAGUCAGCGUAUUACUAUAUCUACAGACAAGUGCAUCCAGAAAUUAAGUAUUAAAGAUGCUGUUAUGGAUGAUCAAGACGAAUAUACAUGUGUCUUACCAAAUGGAAAUGAAGUGUCUGCUAAAUUGACAGUAAUAGAACUUCCAGCAACAUUUAAAACAAAUCUGAAGGAUGUAACUGUGAAAGAAAAACAAACUGCUACCCUGAAAUGCGAAUUAACAAAGGAAAUUGCAACUGUUAAAUGGUUGAAGAAUGGAAAAGAAAUCACACCUAGUGAUCAUUUUGAAAUUAUCACUGAUGGUUUCCAACAGAAGCUUAUAAUACAUGAUGCCACACUAGAUGACAAAGCAGAAUAUACCUGUGUUUGUGGGGAUGUUUCAACUAAAGCUACCUUGACUAUUGAAGAACUUCCUGCUGCAUUCAAGAAACCGUUGAAUGAUGUUCAUGUGACUGAAAAACAAGAAGCUAUAUUAGAGUGCCAGGUUACAAAACCAAAUGCCACCAUUAUAUGGAAAAAGGAUGGCAAAGAGAUUAAACCUAGUGACAAAAUUAAAUUUGUCUCUGAUGGUUCUACUCGCCAAAUUAUUUUUACUGAAGCUGCUCUAAUGGAUGAAGCUGAUUAUUCUUGUUGUAUUGGGGAUGUGGAGACUACAGCCACUCUCUUUGUAGAUGAAGAACCAGUUCAGUUCCUGAAACCACUUAAAGAUAUCAAAAUUAUGGAGAAAGAGAAAGCUGUCAUGGAAUGUGAAAUUAACAAACCAAAUAAAAAGGCAGUUUGGAAGUUUGAAAAAGAAAUCUUUAGUGGUAGUGAACGAGUUGAACUUGUUGUGGAUGGUUGCGUUCACAGAAUGAUCAUUGAACCCUCUGAACUUGAUGAUGAAGGGGAAUAUACUAUUGUGGUAGAUGGUGUAAAGAGCUCUGCAAUUCUAACGGUUGAUGAAGAGCCAUUAGAAUUUUUGAGUCCUCUAAAAGACCAAGAGGUAAUGGAAAAUGAUGACAUUCUCUUGGUAUGCGAGGUAUCCAAACCAAAUGUGACUGGUUGUUGGAUGAAAGCAGGAAAAGUUAUUGAAAAGGACUCGCAUUUCAAUUUCACAGUUGAAGAAAAGAAACAUACACUAAUUGUGCAAAAAGCACAGCUUAAUGAUGAAGCAAAUUAUGAAUUCAAAAUAAUGAAUAAAUCCACAAAAGCUUUUGUAAAAGUGAAAGAGGGUGAAGUCAAAUUCAUCAAAGAACUUGAAGAUCAAACCGUUGAAAAGAUUCCUGGUGAAGCCACUUUCACAUGUGAGAUAAAUCGUCCUAAUUUGAAAGCUCAAUGGUUCUGUAAGGGCAAACCUAUUACACCAAAUAAAAAAUAUGAAAUUGUUGUUGAAGGCUGUGUGCACAAAUUAAUCAUAAAGGGUGUGAAACCUGAAGAUGUUGCUGACUAUAGCAUGACUGUUAAAGACAAAACUACAAAAGCUGCUCUAUCUGUUGAAGUUGCUCCUGAGUACACUUUGGCUGAUAAAUACAAGGAAGUUAUUUGUAUUAAAGCUGGUGAAAGCACAUCUGUCUCAGUACCAUUCUCUGGCUUUCCUAUUCCGAAAGCCACUUGGCUUCAUAAUGAUAGUGAACUUGAUAAAACAAGGAUGUUGGUUGACUCUUCUGCUGAUGUUACCAAGAUAAAUUUCAAAAAUGUUAAAAGGUCAGAUUCUGGUGAAUACAAACUCUGCUUAGAGAAUUCUGCUGGAAAAGUUGAUGUCACUAUUACACUAAAGGUUCUAGACAAGCCAGGUCCAGUCCGUAACCUUCAAGUCAAAGAUGUGUUGGCUGAAUACAUGACACUAACAUGGCAAGUUCCUGAAGAUAAUGGAGGUAGUUCAAUCACUGCUUAUAUUGUUGAAAAAAGAGAAGAUAAUCGACGAAUGUGGCAAGAAGCAGGUGAAUCAGUAAUAUUGGAACACGUUGUAGAAAAUCUUCGAGAAGGAAGCAAAUAUCUCUUUCAAGUUGCUGCUAAAAAUAAGUAUGGUAUUGGAGAUUUCGUCGAAAUUCCUGAGCCUGUUCUAGCAAGGCAUCCAUUUGAUCGUCCUGAUGCACCUGAUGCACCAACUGUUACAGAUGUAUUCAAAACAUCUGCAAAAGUAAGCUGGACCCCUCCAAAGGAGGAUGGUGGAUCACCUAUUAUUGGAUAUCAUUUGGAGAAAAUGUCAGAUCUUAGCCCAAGGUGGAUUCGUAUUAACAAAGAACCAACUUCAAAUCUUGAUAUGCUUUUGAACGAUCUGGUAGAAGAUUCUUCAUAUCAAUUUAGGGUAGUUGCUGUCAAUAAGGCUGGUGAAAGUGAACCCAGCAAACCAUCCAGUCCUGUUAAGAUGCAAGAUCCUUGGCAUAAACCUUCUAGACCUGAUACACCUCUGGUUGUGGAAACAGAUGAUACAUCUGCACUGUUGAAAUACUCACCACCUACUGAUGAUGGUGGUAGUCCUAUAUUUAAUUAUGUCAUUGAAUAUCGUCUUGCUGGCUCAGUGAAAUGGACCCAAGCUAAUAUUGAUAAAAAGGUUCCAGAACUCACCUAUAGAGUACAGAAGUUGAAAAAAGGUUCAGAAUAUGAAUUCAGAAUUGCUGCUGAAAAUCGGGCUGGUGUUAGUGAAUUUUCAGCACCAACAGAACUGAUCAAAAUUGAAAAACCAAUUGUUGGAAAACCACCCAAAAUUCUGGAACCUUUAACUGAUGUCACAUUUGUUUCACCAAAUGAUGCUUCAUUAGAAUGUACUGUUGAUCUUGGAGAACCUAAGGCUGAAAUAAAAUGGUUUAAAGGUGAUACUGCCAUCAAAAAGAAUUCUAAAUAUGACAUGAAUUAUGAGGAUGGUAUUGCUACUCUUAUUAUUCAUAAAACUGAACCAUCUGAUACUGCUGUCUAUUCAUGCAAAUUUUCUAAUGCUCUUGGAAAAUGUGAAACUAAAGGAAAACUCACCAUUCACACUCAUCCACAGCUUGAAUAUGACAACCGUCUGCAAAGUACUCAGACCUUCAAGGCUGGAUCUUCAAUAGUUAUCUUAGUUAAUGUUUCCGGUAUUCCAACUCCCACUAUCAAAUGGUUGUUGAAUGAAAAAGAGAUUGAAACAUCUUACUCUCUUAAUAUCGAAACAACAGAAAAAUCCUCUCGAGUAACUAUUAAAAAUGCAGACACUAAAGAUGGUGGAGUAUACACCAUUGUUGCUGAAAACUCAGUUGGAAAAGCUGCUGCAGAUUUUGAAAUUCUUGUUAAAGGUAAACCAUCAAAACCACAAAACCUCAAGGUUAGUGAUGUGCAGAAAAAUUCUGUUACAUUUUCAUGGGAACCACCAAGUUCUGAUGGUGGAAGUGAAAUCACUAAAUAUAUCAUUGAGAAACGCGAUGCUAAGCGUUCUACAUGGACACCUGUGAGCACUGUAGAUGGAACUACAUUGUCACUCGAAAUUAACAAACUCACUGAAGAAGUAGAAUACUUCUUUAGAGUUGCUGCUGAAAAUAAAAUUGGACAAAGCGAUUUUGCUGAAACUGAAGAACCAACGGUACCCAAACUGCCAUUCUCUGUUCCUGAUGCUCCUAUCAAUGUCCACAUGACUGAUGUGACAAACUGCUCAGUCAGCUUGGCCUGGGAACCUCCAAAAAGUGAUGGUGGUUCACCUAUUAUAGGUUACAUAAUUGAACGUAAACAAACAUCAAGCAACAGAUGGAUUAAAGCUAAUAAAACUGCUGUGCCAGAACUAAACUACACAGUUACAGAUUUGGUAGAAAAUGAUACUUAUGAAUUCAGAGUAUCAGCUGAAAACCUUGCAGGUGUUGGAAAACCAUCUAAACCAACUCCACCUAUUACUGUUAAAUUUCCAUUUGGUAAACCAUCAGCUCCUGGCAAACCUGAGAUCAUUGAUGUAACUCGUGACUCAAUGACAUUAAAAUGGCUGCCUCCUGACAGCAAUGGCGGAAGUCCUAUAACUAACUACAUUGUUGAAAUGAGGGUAGCAGGGUCUGCUAAAUGGAUGUGUGCUUCACAAAAUGUACAUAUACCAGAUACAAGCUUUGUUGUUAAAGGCCUAACAGAAGGGUUGGAAUAUGAAUAUCGUAUAAUCGCUGAAAAUAAGGCCGGCCCAAGUCCACCAUCACAACCUUCCAAGAGUGUUGUUGCAAGAGAUCCUAUCAUUGGAGAUCCUCCAUUGGUUGUGGAACCAUUAAAAGACACUGCAGUAUUUGUUGGAGAAACAACUGUACUGGAAUGUAAAAUUACUGGUGAACCCACACCAAACAUCAUUUGGAUCAAAGAGAAGAGGGAGAUAUCUGAAUCUAAGAAAUUUGAUUUCUUCUACAAAGAUUCAUUUGCUAAUCUCACAGUCAGGGACAUGUCAGACAAAGAUGCUGGUACCUAUACAUGCCAAGCAAAGAAUGCUCUUGGAGAGGCUUCAACAUCUUGCAAACUUACUAUUCAACAAACUCCUAAGCUAGAAUAUGAUAACAAAUUCAGAGACUUGAUUCGUCUUCAUGUUGGUACAAACUUACGAAUCCCUGUUAAAGUGACAGGCAUUCCAAAACCAGUACCAACUUGGGCUAAAGAAAACAAACCUAUGAAAUCACAAGGUAGAUGUACAUUAGAAACCCUUGAGAAUGUUACAACACUUUUAAUUAAGAAAGUUACUCGGGAAGAUGAUGGAAUGUACACAUUGAAAGCUAUCAAUGAUGUAGGUGAAGAUUCAGCAACAUUUGAUGUUGAAGUUAUUGAUAUCCCUAGUCCACCAACUUCUCCUAUCACAGUAACUGAUGUUGACCAUGACAGAGCAACUCUUCACUGGAAUCCACCAAAGGAUGAUGGUGGAGCUGAUAUUACUAGCUAUAUCAUUGAACGACGAGAUGCUGGAAGAAAUAUGUGGACUAAAGUUGGUAGUGUUGAUGGUGGGAAAACCAGCUUUACAGACACUAAAUUGCACGAAGGCAAUGAAUAUUACUUCCGUGUUUCAGCUGGAAAUGAAGUUGGUAUAUCAGAACCCAAUGAAAUGGACAAGACAGUUACUGCAAAAAGUCCUUUCGGCAAACCUUCACCUCCUUUGGGACCACUGAUUAUUACCAAUGUUACACAGAAUUCUGCUGAUUUAGAAUGGAAACCACCUAAGGAUGAUGGCGGAUGCCCCAUCACCAAAUACUUGAUUGAGUAUAAGCCAGUUACUAGGACUACUUGGAGUAAAGCUGGAAGUGUAAAUGGUAACACUACAACAUUUACAGCCUUAGAUCUCAUUGAAGGAACUGAAUACUUAUUCCGGGUUAUAGCUGUGAAUGAUCAAGGGCAAAGUCCACCUUUGGAAGCUGAAGCAACAAUCAAACCUAUGAAAAAGAUGAAUCCACCUGACCCACCAGUCAACCUUAAAGAAACAGAAGUUGGUAUUGAUUAUGUUGUACUAACAUGGGAACCACCAUUGAAAGAUGGUGGCAGUCCUUUGACUAACUAUGUUCUGGAAUUAUGUGAAGAAAAAUCUGAUGUUUUUGAGAAGAUUGGUACAACAAAAGCAUUCAAUCUCACUUACCGAGUAAACAACCUUAAGGAUAUUGGUUAUUAUUUUGCUGUUUCUGCACAAAAUGCAGUUGGGGUCAGUGAACCUUGUGAAACAAGAGAUGCAAUUGUUCCCUCUAGGCCACCAUCUGCUCCAUCCAGUCCACUUGGUCCACUUAAUGUGACUAAUAUUCAAAAGACAUCUGUAGAUCUUGAUUGGAAGCCUCCAAAAGACACUGGUGGUUCACCAAUUACCAGUUACAUUGUUGAAAAGAAAGACAAAUAUGGCCGAUGGACUAUUGUUGAUGAAGUUGAGGGAAAUAUUACCAAGCUUCAUGUGCCAAGACUGACUGAAAACACAGAAUAUUUCUUCAGAGUUAUUGCUGUUAACAAAAUUGGAAAAAGUCCUCCUUUGGAAAGUGAGGCAGUAACCCCCAAGAGUCCAUACUCUGUUCCAUCAGCUCCUAUUGGACCUUUGGAAAUAAGCAAUGUCACUGUAAACUCUGCUGAUCUUGAAUGGAAGAAACCUAAAAGUGAUGGUGGUCUUCCUAUCACAGGUUACAUAAUUGAAAACAGGACAGCAACCAGAUCAACAUGGGGAAAAUGUGGCAAUGUUGAUGGUAAAACAUUAACUUUCACUGCAACUGGUUUGCUGGAAGAUACAGAAUAUAUUUUCCGUGUUAGUGCUGUAAAUGAUGAAGGUGUCGGAGCUCCUCUUGAAGCUACUGAUACAACAAAACCAACUAGAAAAAUUGAGCCUCCUGGUCCACCAAUCAAGUUUACUGUUGACAAAGUUGGUGCAGAUUUUGCUACUCUGCAAUGGAAAGCACCAAAAGUUGAUGGAGGUUCCAAGGUUACAGCUUACCACUUGAAGAAGAAAGUAAAGGCAACUGGUGAUUGGGAGAAAGUGGCCACCACUAGUGAAUUUGAAUUUACCUACAAAGUUAAAGGCCUCAAGGAAAAUGUUGAGCAUUACUUCUCUGUAUGUGCUGAAAAUAGUGCUGGUGUUGGUCCAGCUGCAGAAACAGAGAAAGUAGUACCAAGAAGAGAACCAACUGCCCCUGGCAAACCUGUGGGACCUAUUGAUGUCAUUGAUGUCCAACGAGAUAACAUCACAAUUCAGUGGAAAAUGCCUGAAGAUGAUGGAGGUUCUCCCAUCACUGGCUACAUAGUAGAAAGGAAAGAACCAGCUCAAAUGAAAUGGCAACGAGUUGAAAAAGUGGAUGAAAAUACUACAAAAUUACGUUGCCCAUACCUUACUGAGAAAACAGAAUAUCUCUUUAGAGUAAUUGCUGUCAAUAAGAUUGGACAAAGUGAACCUUUAGAAACCAAAGAUACUACUCUUGCAAGAAGUCCAUUUGAUGUUCCUUCAAAACCAAGAGGACCUCUUGAGGUAACUAAUGUUACAGCAGACUCUGCUGAUCUUCAAUGGAAACCUUCAGAAAGUGAUGGUGGAACACCAAUUACUAGCUAUAUCAUUGAGUAUAAACAAGCUUCACGAUCAUCUUGGUCUAAAGCUGGCAGUGUUGAUGGUAAAACUACAACAUUUACAGUGCCUGAUCUAUCAGCAGGAACAGAAUAUCAGUUUAGAGUGAUUGCAGUCAAUGCAGAGGGUAAAAGCGAGCCAUUGGAGACUGCUGAUGCAACCCUUAUUAAAAAGAAAAUUGCCCGACCAGGACCACCAAUUAAUUUGAAACCAACUAAAACGGGUGAAGAUUUCAUUGAACUUGAGUGGCAACCACCUAAGAAUGAUGGUGGAUCAAAGAUCACCCAUUAUAUUCUUAAAAAGAAACACAAAGCUAGUGACAAGUGGGAAGAUGUUGCCAAAAUUGAUGAAUAUGACAGGAAGUAUAAACUGAAAAAUGCUGAAACUGACACCGAUUAUUAUUUUGCUGUUUUUGCUGAAAAUGAAGCUGGAAUAAGCGAUUCAUGUGAAUCGAAAAAGAUUACUCUUGUGAAAAAGCCAAAAGUCCCAUCAAUGUGUGUUGGUCCCAUUGAAGUUACAGAUGUCAAACGUGAUGCCAUAUCUAUCAAAUGGAAAGAACCUGAAAAUGAUGGUGGUUCACCAAUUACAGGCUAUAUCAUUGAAUAUAGGGAAGAAUCUAAAGUAAAUUGGACAAAGGCUGGCAAAGUCAAUGACUCCACUUUAACCUACACUGCAACCCAUCUUACUGAGAAAACCAAAUAUCAUUUCAGAGUGAUUGCUGUUAACAAAGUUGGCCAAGGUCCUCCUUUGGAAACAAAAGAAGCAACCUUAGCUAAAAGUCCUUUUGCUUGCCCAUCAAUUCCAAUUGGUCCUCUUGAGAUCAAAAAUGUCACAACAAAUUCUGCUGAUCUUGAAUGGAAGCCACCCAAAGACGAUGGUGGUACACCUAUUACAAGUUACAUUAUUGAGAUUAAACCUUCAUAUUGCACUGGAUGGAAAAAACUCAGCAGUGUAAAUGGAAAGACAACAACUUAUACUGCAAUGGCCCUUGAAGAAGGUACUGAAUAUUGGUUCAGAGUCAUUGCUGUCAAUGCAGAAGGACAGAGUCCUCCACUGGAAGCAGAUGAUGUAACCAAAUGUACAACACGUAUAGGACCACCAGGUCCACCAGUUAAUUUGGAGGUUGUCGAAGUUGGCAAAGACUUUGCUUCAAUCACCUGGUCACCACCAAAACAGGAUGGAGGUUCUCCUAUAACACAUUACCACAUUUUCAAAAGAAUUAAAAGAACUGGAGAUUUGGUGAAAGUUGAAACUGUUGAUGCUUUUAACACAAAAGCCAAAAUACCUAAACUGCAAGAGAAUGUUGAACAUUACUUUGCAGUCUCUGCUGAGAACAAAGCUGGUAUUGGUAAAGAAGCAAUCACAGACAAAGCAGUUAUUCCCAAGGCUGCUGCAACUGUACCAUCACCACCUCUUGGACCUAUUGAAGUCACUGAUGUUCAGCGAAACUCUAUCAGCAUCAGAUGGAAAGCCCCGAAAAGUGAUGGCAAUUCACCUAUCACAGGCUAUAUAAUUGAAAAACGUCCAGCAAACAGUACUAUAUGGACAUCAGUAGAUAAAGUUGAUGAGAAAACUUUUGACUUGUGUUGCAAAAAACUAAUUGAAAAGACUGAAUACUUCUUCCGGGUAUUCGCUGUAAACAGUGUUGGACAAAGUGAACCAUUAGAAACAAAAGAAGCAACUCUUGCAAAGAGUCCAUUUGAUGUUCCAUCUGCACCAAUUGGUCCUCUGGAAAUCAGUAAUGUCACAGAAAGCACUGCUGACUUAGAAUGGAAAGUUCCUAAAUCUGAUGGUGGCACUCCCAUUAUUAAUUAUAUUAUUGAAAGUAAAUCAAGAAAUUCAUGGUCAAAAUGUGGUACAGUAGAUGGCAAAACAUUGACAUUUACAGCAACUAAACUUUUAGAAGGAACAGAAUAUCUUUUCCGUGUCACUGCAGUGAAUGCUGAAGGUCAAGGCCCCUAUUUAGAAGCAACUGAUACUACCAAACCCACAAAGAAAAUCCAACCUCCCAGUGCACCUGUUAACUUCCAUGCUGACAAAAUCGGACAAGACUUUGUCACCCUGCAAUGGAAAGCACCAAAAGAUGAUGGUGGAUCUAAAGUUACAGGUUAUCACUUGAAAAAGAAAAUACGUUCUACUGGUGACUGGGAAGAUGUUGCAUCUCUUAAGGAAAUUGAUUUCACAUACAAGAUUAAAAGUCUCAAGGAAAAUGUUGAUCAUUAUUUCUCUGUGUGUGCUGAAAACAGUGCCGGUGUUGGCCCAGCUGCAGAAACCAAGAAAAUUGUGCCACAAAGAGAACCAACUGUGCCAGGAAAAUGUCAAGGCCCUAUUGAAGUUACUGAUGUUCAAAGGGAUUCUAUUAGCAUCAAAUGGAAGGAACCUGAGGACAAUGGCGGUUCUCCCCUUACUGGUUACAUUAUUGAACAACGAGAAAAUUCAAGCACAGUCUGGACUAAAGCUGGAAAAGUUGAUCAGUUUACUACUGCAUUUUGUUGCAAGUAUCUAACUGAGAAAACUGAAUAUCAUUUCCGAGUUUUCGCUGUUAAUAAAAUUGGAAAGAGUGAACCACUAGUAACCAAAGAUGCUACAUUGGCUCGAAGUCCAUUUGACGUUCCUUCUAAACCAAAAGGACCUUUGGAAAUCAGCAAUGUUACACAUGAUUCUGCUGAUUUAGAAUGGAAACCAUCUGAAAGUGAUGGCGGUACUCCAAUCACCAAUUACAUCAUUGAAUUUAGGCCAACUGAUAGCAAAACAUGGGUCAAAUGUGGUACUGUAGGCCCUGAUGUAACAAAAUAUACUGCUUCAGAUCUAAUUGAGAAUACUGAAUAUUUGUUCCGAGUUGUUGCAGUGAAUGCUGAAGGACGCAGUGAGCCUUUAGAAGCUAAAGAUGUCACGAUACCUCGGAAGAAGAUAAGUCCUCCUGGCCCACCAAUUGAUCUCAAACCUUCUAAAGUUGGUGCUAACUUUGUAGUUUUGAAUUGGUCUCCUCCUAAGUCUGAUGGAGGAUCUCCUAUCACAGAAUACAUCAUUAAAAAGAAAGAGAAGAAAGGUGAUUGGGAAAUUGAAAGCACUGUUUCUGAUUAUGACACAUCAUUGAAAGUUAACCGUAUGAAAGAAGAAGUACCAUAUUAUUUCUCUGUCUUUGCAAAGAAUAAAGCUGGCAUCAGUAUACCCUGUGAGAUGGCAGAACCUAUUAUUCUGAAAAAGGAACCAACUCCACCUUCCAAACCUGUUGGACCUAUUGAAGUUAUUGAUGUUCAAUGUAACUCUAUAACUAUCAAAUGGAAACCAUCAACUCAGGAUGGAGGCUCACCUAUUACAGGUUAUAUUGUUGAGAAGCGAGAAGAGAAUAAGACUUAUUGGUCCAAAGUAGAAACUGUUGAUCCACACACUACACAGCUUUGCUGUCCAAAUUUGAGAGAGAAAACUUCCUAUCAUUUUAGAGUAAUUGCAGUGAAUAAAAUUGGUCAGAGUGAGCCACUAGAAACAGAAGGAGCUACUUUAGCUAAGAGCCCAUUUGAUGUUCCAUCAGCACCUCUGGGACCACUAGAAGUUACAAAUGUAACUGUGAAUACUGCAGAUCUUGAGUGGAAACCCCCAAAAUCUGAUGGUGGUUCUAGCAUUACUGAGUACCUUAUUGAAGUAAAAACUGUUGGCAGAUCCACUUGGUCAAAGGCUGGCACUGUGGAUGGUAAAACUACUCAAUUCACAGUUAAAAAGCUAAUUGAAGAUACAGAAUAUUUGUUCCGUGUUAUUGCAAUAAAUGCUGAAGGGAAGAGCCCUCCACUUGAAGCAUCAGACAUUACUAAGCCAACUAGAAAGCUCUCACCUCCUGGUCCUCCAAGAUCAGUUGAGCCAACAAAAGUUGGAGAAGAUUAUGCUGUAAUAGAAUGGCAUCCACCUAAAAGUGAUGGUGGCUCUCCAAUUACAAAUUAUAUCUUAUUCAAGCGAGAGAAGAAAACAGGUGAUUUUACAAAAGUAGUAACCCUGAAAGAAUUUGAUUCAUUUUAUAAAAUACCAAAUCUUAAGGAAAACACAGAAUACUAUUUCGGUGUUGCAGCUGAAAAUAAAGUUGGCCAAGGUGAAAUUGGAGAAACAGCAACACCAGUUAUCCCAAAGAAGGCAGCAACAGUUCCAGGCAAAUGUAUUGGACCAAUUGCUGUGACAGAUGUUCAGCGUAAUUCAAUUAGCAUUAAAUGGGAACCUCCAAAAGAUGAUGGUGGUUCUCCAGUGACCGGCUAUACUGUAGAAAAACGAGAAGCUUCAAGCUCCAUGUGGACUAAAGUUAGCAAAGUUGAUGAAUUAACAACUCAACUAAAGGUUGGAAAUCUUACAGAAAAGACUGAAUACUAUUUUAGAGUAACAGCUGAAAACAAAGUUGGAAAAGGACCACCAUUAGAGACUAAUGAUGCCACUCUUGCUAAAAGUCCUUUCAACCCACCUUCUAUUCCUAUUGGCCCACUUGAAGUCGAUAAUGUCACUCAUAACAGUGCUGACCUUCACUGGAAAGCACCUAAAGAUGAUGGUGGAUCACCAAUAACAGGAUACAUAAUUGAACACAAGGUAGCUUCCAGAUCCACUUGGUCAAAGUGUGGUACAGUUGGUGAAAAAGUAAAAGAUUUUACAGUUUCUGGAUUAUCCGAAGGCACUGAAUAUCUCUUUGGUGUCAUUGCUGUCAAUGCUGAAGGCCAAAGCCAACGUUUAGAAGCUACUGAUGUUACUAUCCCAACCAGAGUAUCAGUUGUUCCAGGACCACCACAGAACUUCAAACAUACUAAACUUACAGAAGAUUAUUGUUUAGUAAGUUGGAAUCCACCUGAAAGUGAUGGCGGUUCCAAAAUAACUGAUUAUAUUAUCAAAAAGAAAGAAAAGAAAACUGGAAGCUGGACUGAUGUAACAACAGUUAGUGGCUAUGAAAAUUCUUGUAAGGUGCCUAAUUUGAAAGUGGGUGUGGAGUAUUACUUCUCUGUCAGUGCUCAGAAUAAAGUUGGUAUUGGAAAGGCUGCUGAAACACAAAAGCCCAUCAUCCCACGAAAGGAUGCUACUGCUCCAUUUAAAGCAACAGGUCCUAUUGUGGUUGUUGAUGUCCAAAGAAAUAGCAUUACAAUUAAAUGGUUACCACCAAAAGAAGAUGGUGGUUCACCUUUGACAGGAUAUCUUAUUGAGAAGCGAGAAGCUUCCAGUAAAGUAUGGUCGAAGGUUGAUAAAGUUGCUGAUUUCAUCACUCAGUACUGUGUGAAGAAUCUUGAAGAAAAAACAGAAUAUCAUUUUAGAGUAAUUGCUAUUAAUGAAGUUGGACAAAGUGAACCUCUUGAAACUUCUGAAGCUACAUUGGCUAAACACAAAUAUGAUGUUCCAUAUAGUCCAAGAGGCCCACUUAUUGUUGAUAAUGUCACUCACAACUCAGCUGACCUUUCUUGGAAACCUCCUGAAAGUGACGGUGGUUCUGACAUCAUUAAUUAUAUUAUUGAAGUCAGUUCAACUGAUCGUCCAUCGUGGACAAGAUGUGGUGUUGUAGCUCCUGAUAUAACAAAAUACACAGCUCAGAAUCUGACCGAUGGCACUGUGUAUCUUUUCCGAGUCAGUGCAAUAAACUCAGAAGGAAUAAGCAGGCCACUUGUUGCUCUUGAUGAAACCAAACCAAUGAAAGAUUUGUCCCCACCCGGACCUCCUACAAAUUUGAAACCUGUGAAAAUUGGAACCAACUUUGUAGACUUAGAAUGGUUACCACCAUUGAGAGAUGGUGGUUCUAAGGUUACCAAAUAUAUCAUCAAGAAGAAAGAAGAUGACAAAUGGACUAAAGUGACAACUGUUGAAGCUUUUGAUAAUUCUUGCAGAAUUAAAGACUUGAAAGAUGAUACCAAGUAUUAUUUUGCAGUUUUUGCUGAAAACAAGAUUGGCUUAAGUGAACCUUGUGAAACAAAGCCUGUUAAACCACAAAAAGAAUUACUUGCACCUUCAAUACCAAUUGGUCCAAUUUCUGUCAUUGAUGUCCAAAGAAAUUCAAUUACUAUUAAAUGGAAAGCACCUAAGGAUGAUGGUGGUUCUCCCAUCAUUGGUUAUUUGGUUGAGAAACAAGAAGCAUCUCGUAACAAGUGGUCUAAAGUUGAUCGAACCAGUGCUUCAACUACAGAACUCUGUUGCAAGAACCUUAUUGAGAAAACUGAAUAUUAUUUCCGUGUCUUUGCUGAAAAUGAAAUUGGACAGAGUCCUCCUUUGGAAACUGAAGGAACAACUCUUGCUAAGAGUCCAUAUGAUGUUCCAUCUCCACCAGUAGGACCAUUAAAGAUCAGCAAUGUUACAUUUAACAGUGCUGACUUAGAAUGGAAACCUUCUGAAAAGGAUGGCGGGACACCUAUAACUAAUUAUAUCAUUGAAUACAAGACUUUAGACAGAACCACAUGGUCUAAAGCAGGAUCAGUUGAUGCACAUACCACAACAUACACAGCAAAAGAUCUCUUUGAAAAUACUGAGUAUCUAUUCCGAGUCAUUGCUGUCAAUGCAGAAGGCCGCAGUGCUCCUUUGGAAGCUACAGAUAUUACAAAACCAACACGAGAUCUAAAACCUCCAGAGCCUCCUAUUGAUUUAGUUCCAACCAAAGUAGGAGAAGACUAUGCUUCAUUAGAAUGGAAACCACCAAGGAAUGAUGGUGGCAGUCCUAUUACAGGCUACAUCAUUCAGAAAGCAGUCAAUAAACCUGACAACUGGAGUAAAGUUACAAAAGUGGGUCCCUAUGAAACAUUCUGUAAAGCAGUUUCUCUCCAGGAUGGCACUGAAUACUACUUCUCAGCAAUUGCUGAAAACAAAGUGGGAUUGAGUGAACCAUGUGUGAGUCCAAAACCUGUGAUACCCAAGAAAGGACCAACUAUUCCUGCUAAACCAGAAGGACCUCUUGUGGUCACUGAUGUUCAGCGUACCUCCAUUAGUAUUAAAUGGAAGCCUUCACCAGAUGAUGGUGGCUCUCCCAUAACAGGUUACAUUGUUGAGAAACGUGCUGCAUCAAGCACGUUUUGGAACAAAGUUUCCAAAGUCAAUGCAUCCACUUUUGAAUUGUGCUGUCCAUAUCUAAAAGAGAAAACUGAAUAUUAUUUCCGUGUUAUUGCUGAAAACAGAGUUGGAGAGAGUGCUCCUUUGGAGACCAAGGAUGCUACUCUUGCAAAGAGUCCAUUUGAUGUUCCUUCAAGCCCACAGGGACCACUUGAAGUUGAUAAUGUAACUUAUAAUUCUGUUGACCUUACAUGGAAGGCACCAAAGAAUGAUGGUGGCAAACCAGUAACUAGUUAUAUUAUUGAAUACAAGCAAGCCUCACGUACAUAUUACACUAAAGCUGGAACUGUGGAUGGAUCAACUCUUACUUUCUAUGUUUCAAAUCUAAACGAAGAUACUGAAUAUUAUUUCCGUGUUAUUGCUGUGAAUGAAGAAGGCCAAAGUCAACCACUGGAAACUUCUGAUUACACUAAAUUACCCAAGAAAGUUGAUCCUCCAGGUCCACCAGUUAACUUGAAAUCAACAGCAGUUGGUGCUGAUUUCACUAUUUUGGAAUGGAAACCACCUCGUUCUGAUGGUGGGGCAAAGAUAACACACUAUGUCAUUCAGAAGCGUGAGAAAAAGAGUGAUGAACGCCAGAGAGUUUCAUCUGUCGAAAGCCACUUACUUACUGAUAAAGUCACUGGUCUUAAAGAAAAUAUUGACUACUACUUCUCAGUAUGUGCAACAAACUCUGUUGGAACGGGUGCACCAUGUGAUAUGGAUCAACCUGUCACUCCUGUGAAAGAACUCCAAAAACCUUCUAAACCAAAAGGUCCUAUUAAAGUGUUUGAUAUCCAGAGAACCGCAAUGGGCAUUACUUGGAAAUAUCCAGAUAGUGAUGGUGGUUCACCUAUCACAGGGUUUAUUAUUGAGAAAAAAGAAGCCAAACGCCAAUAUUGGAGCAAUGUUGCUACAGUUCAAUCUGAUGUAACCUCUUAUUGUGUUCAGAGCCUUUCGGAAGGAACUGAAUAUGAAUUUAGAGUUAUUGCAAUCAACAAAGUUGGUCGCAGUGAUCCAUUAGAGACUGAUGGAGCCACACUUGCAAAGAGCCCUUACAAUGUUCCUGGACAUCCUAAAGGACCAUUACAAGUAACUGCUGUGUCCCAUAAUUAUGUGGAUCUUGAAUGGAAAGCUCCCAGUGAAGAUGGAGGACAACCUAUUACUAAAUACAUCAUUGAAUAUAAAUCUGCCUCUCGUUUAACCUGGAAUAAGGCUGGAGAGGUUGAUGCAAAUACUCUUGAAUAUCGUGUUACAAGUUUAGUUGAGGAUACGGAAUACUACUUCCGUGUUAUGGCAGUAAAUGCAGAAGGCGAGAGUCCUCCACUAGAAACAACUGAUGCAACAAUUCCAAGGAAGGAAAUAUCACCCCCUGGACCUCCAUUAAAUUUCACAACAACCCAAGUUGGAAAAGAUUUUGUUUCUUUACAAUGGAAACCACCAACAGAAAAUGGAGGUUCAAAGGUAACAAAAUACAUCAUCCAGAUGAGAAAAUCAAAGAAAGAUAACUGGGAACGUCUCAUGACAGUUGAUUCUUUUGAACAUAGCUGGAAAGUGACUGACCUCACUGAGAAUGUUGGUUACUAUUUCGCUGUGUGUGCUGAAAAUAAAGCUGGUACUGGACCGUUAGCAGAACUCUCAGAUAUCAUUACACCAAAGAAAGAAGCUGGCUUGCCAUCUCCUCCUAUUGGACCACUUGAUGUGUUUGACAUUAAACGAACAUCAAUCAGCAUUAAAUGGAAGCCACCAGCUGAUGAUGGUGGUUCUCCUAUAACUGGAUAUUCUAUUGAGAAGAGAGAAGCUUCUCGUUCUUCCUGGAGUAAAGUUGAGAAAGUGAGCGAUCAAGUGACAGAGUUCUGCUGCAGAAACCUCAUUGAGAAAACUGAAUACUUCUUUAGGGUUAUUGCUCACAAUUCUGUUGGUGCAAGUAAACCUUUGGAAACAGUUGGUGCAACAUUAGCCAGAAGUCCUUAUGACGUCCCAUCAGCACCUGUUGGUCCUCUAAUUAUUGACAAUGUGACACAAAAUUCAGCUGACCUUCAAUGGAAACCACCAGAGAAGGAUGGAGGUUUGCCUGUGGUUAACUAUAUCAUUGAAUAUAGGACACCUACUAGGACAACCUGGUCUAAAUCUGGAACAGUUAGUGGAACAACUACAAAAUAUACUGUUAAAGACUUGCUUGAAGAUACUGAAUACCUUUUCCGAGUCAUUGCUGUUAAUGAUGAAGGCCCAAGUCAUCCACUGGAAGCAACAGAUAUUACCAAACCAACUAGGAAAAUAUAUCUACCUGGGCCACCUGUUAAUUUGAGAGCUUCCAGAGUCGGUGAAAACUUUAUUGAGAUUGAUUGGAAUCCUCCAGAAAAUAAUGGAGGCACACCAAUUACAGGUUAUAUUGUCAAAAAGUCUCAAGAUAAAUCAACUUGGACAAAGGUUGCCUCAGUUAAUGCUUAUGAAACAUAUUGCCGAGCAAGUAAACUACCUGAAGGUCAAGAAUUUUAUUUCCAAGUUUCUGCUGAAAACAAAGUUGGUGUUGGUGAACCUUGUGAAAGUAAACCAAUCUCAACUAAGAAGGGAGCAACUGUUCCAUCCAGACCGAUUGGUCCAAUUGCUGUAACCGAUGUCCAGCGAGAUUCUAUAAGUAUCAAAUGGAAAGCAUCUCAAGAUGAUGGUGGUUCACCAAUCACAUCUUAUAAUGUUGAGAAAAGGCCUACUUCAAAUAGGUACUGGUCUCAAGUUGCUAAAGUGGAUAAUUCAACUUUCGAAUUAACUUGCAAAGGUCUGAAAGAGAAAACUGAAUACCACUUUAGAGUUAUAGCUGUCAACAAAAUUGGAGAAAGUGAACCACUUGAAACCAAAGAUACCACUUUAACUCGAAGUCCAUUUGAUGUGCCAUCAUGUCCAGUUGGACCUUUAGUUAUUGACAAUGUCACACAUGAGAGUGCUGAUCUUAAAUGGAAUCCACCAGAAAGUGAUGGUGGUAGUCAACUCCUUGGAUAUAUUAUUGAGUCCAGAUUAGCUUCACGAACAUUCUGGAGCAAAGCAGGAACUGUUGAUAGCAAAACAACCAAAUUUAAAGCAACUAAUUUGAUUGAAAAUACUGAAUACUAUUUCCAAGUCAUUGCUUACAAUGCAGAGGGCAAUAGUAAACCACUGGAAGCAAGUGAUGUUACUAAACCCACAAGAAAACUAGCACGACCUGGUCCACCUGUUUAUUUGAGGACAACCAAAGUUGGACACGAUUUCACUGUGCUAGAAUGGAAAGCACCAGUUUAUGAUGGUGGUUCAAAGAUCACUAACUAUAUUAUCCAGAAACGUGAGAAACAAAAUGAGGAACGCCAAGAUAUCGAUACAGUUACUGGUCACGAACUCAGUAGCCACAUUAAAGGACUCAAACAAGAGAUUGAUUAUUACUUCUCAGUUUGCUCAAAGAAUAAAAUUGGUGUCAGUGAUCCUUGCGAUGCUGAACAGCCUGUUACUUUGAAGAAAGCAUUAGAUAAACCUGGUCCACCAAAAGGUCCUAUUAAAAUCUUUGAUGUCCAAAGAACAGCAAUUGGUAUAUCUUGGAAGUAUCCUGAGAGUGAUGGCGGUAGUCCAAUCACUAACUUCUUAGUUGAAAAGAGACAAAGUGGAAGACAAUAUUGGUCUAAUGUUGAACAGGUUCCUCAUGACAUUACCAGUUAUAUGGUGCAGAACUUGACAUCAAAUUGUGAAUAUGAAUUUAGGGUCAUUGCUAUCAACAAAUUUGGACACAGUGAACCACUGAUUACAGAAGGUGCAACUUUAGCAAGAAGUCCAUUUGAUGUGCCAGCACGUCCAAGAGGACCAUUACAAGUUAUCGAUGUAUCUCAUAAUCAUGUUGAUUUACAAUGGAAAGCACCAGAAAGUGAUGGAGGCAGUCCAAUCACUAAGUACAUUAUUGAAUUUAAAUCAUCAUCCCGUUUGAGUUGGCACAAGGCUGGUGAAGUGGAUUCAAACACUCUUACAUACAGAGUAAAUGAUCUAACGGAAGGAACUGAGUACUAUUUCCGUGUGAUUGCUGUCAAUGCUGAAGGGGAGAGUCCACCUUUAGAAACUUCAGAUGCAACAGUUCCCAGAAGGGAAAUUGUUCCUCCUGGACCACCAGCUGAACUUAAACCAACUAGGAUUGGAAAGAACUUUGUUGAUCUCAGCUGGAAACAACCAAAAGAUGAUGGUGGUUCAAGAAUAACGAAGUAUACUCUUAAAAAGAGAAAAGACAGAAAAGAUGAAUGGCAGCAUAUUGUCACUUUAGACUCUGUUGAAAAGAGCUGGAAAGUCACUGAACUGGAAGAAAAUAUUGGCUACUAUUUUGCUGUAGCUGCUGAAAACAAAGCUGGAAGAGGGAAAAACAAAGAGCUUAUUGAGGUUAUUGUUCCUCAAAAAGAAGCAUCUGUUCCUUCCAGACCAAGAGACUUUGAAAUUGUUGAUGUGCAGCGCACAUCAAUUAGUAUUAAAUGGAAAGAACCUAAAGAUGAUGGUGGUUCACCCAUUACCGGCUACAUUAUUGAAAGGAAAUAUCCAAAAUCUAAGGUUUGGAGUCGUGUUGAUGAAGUUGAUGCAUCUACAUUGAAAAGCACUUUGACUAACUUAUAUGAGAAAGCUGAAUAUAUGUUCAGAGUGACUGCUGUUAACAAAAUUGGAAACAGUUCACCUCUUGAAAGUGAUGGACCAAUCGUUGCAAAGAGUCCAUUUGAUGUUCCAUCUCCACCUAUUGGUCCAUUGGUUAUUGAUAACGUAACCCAAAGUACAGCUGACCUGCAUUGGAAGGCACCUGAAAGUGAUGGUGGUACACCUAUCACUAGCUAUAUCAUUGAAUAUAGAACAAUUACCCGAACAACAUGGUCAAAGGCUGGAACUGUUGAUGCAAAAACUACUACAUUUACUGUGGAAGAUCUUAGUGUAGACACUGAAUAUUUCUUCAGAGUCAUUGCCACUAAUUCUGAAGGCAAUAGUGCACCUUUGGAGACCAGAGAUAUUACCAAACCAAUGAAAAAAUUAUUGCCACCAGGUCCACCAGUGAAUUUCGAAGCAAAUAGAGUGGGACAGAAUUUCGUUGAUUUACAAUGGAGUGCUCCACUCUCGGAUGGCGGGUCUGCAAUUACAGAAUAUGUUGUCCAAAAGUCAUCACCUAAAAAGGAUGACUGGACCAAAGUUGCCUCUGUUUCUUCUUACCAGACUUAUUGCCGUGCAAGCAAUCUGUCUGAAAAUACAGAUUAUUACUUUUCAGUGGAAGCCAUUAACAAAGUUGGCAAAAGUGAACCAUGUGAAAUGAAAAAUGCAGUAACUACUCAGAAAGGAUUGCUUUGUCCAUCAAGACCUAAAGGACCACUUAAUGUUACAAAUGUUCAACGCAAUUCUAUGACAUUGACAUGGAAAGCCCCAGAAGAUGAUGGUGGUAGUCCUAUUACUGGCUACAUCGUUGAAAAGAAAGUUGCUUCAAGUAAAUAUUGGUCAAAAGUGGAUAAAGUGUCUGAAAAGACUCUUUCAUUACCUGUAAGUCAACUUGAAGAGAAAACUGAAUAUCACUUUAGAGUGAUUGCAGAAAACAAAAUUGGUCAAAGUGAACCUCUGGAGACAAAGGAUGCUACUCUAGCAAAGAGUCCAUUCGAUGUCCCAUCACGACCUAUUGGGCCAUUAGAAGUAACAGAUGUUACCAGUAAUUCAGCCAAUUUGACUUGGAAAGCACCAGAAAAAGAUGGUGGUAGUCCACUUAUUAAUUAUAUCAUUGAAUACAAAUUGGCUUCAAGGUCCUUCUGGGCUAAAGCGGGCACAUGUAAUGCAAAAUGUACCACUUUCAAUGUCACAAGUUUGAUGGAAGAUUCAGACUACUUCUUCCGUGUUAUGGCUGUUAAUAAGGAAGGACAAAGCUUGCCAUUGGAGACUCUUGAUUCUACAAGACCAACUAAGAAACUCAAUGUACCAGAUGCUCCAAUUUACCUCCGCUCCACAAAGAUUGGGUCAGACUAUGCUAUUUUAGAAUGGAAACCACCAAUACACGAUGGUGGCUCAAGAAUUACACAGUACACGCUUAAAAAGCGAGAAUCACCUACUGAUGUUGCCACUGAUGUUCUUUCCACUAGUGGACGUGAACAUGUUGCAACAGUGAAAGGGCUCAAGCAAACCAUCAACUACUACUUUUCAGUCGUUGCUGAAAAUAAAAUUGGAUCAAGCAAACCAUGUGAAGCGGAUGAUGCAGUGACAUUAUCAAAACCACUUGACAAACCAUCAAUGCCACGCGGACCACUGAAAGUCAUUGAUGUCGGAAGAACAUCUAUUUCGAUUGCUUGGAAACAUCCAGAAGACGAUGGAGGAUCUCCGUUGACUGGAUUUAUUAUUGAGAAGAAAGAGGCUAAUAGAAAGUACUGGAACCUGGUGGAACAAGUACCACCUGCAGUUACAAGUUAUUCUGUUGAAAAUCUUACACAGAAUACUGAGUAUGACUUUAGAGUUAUUGCUGUAAAUAAAAUUGGUCAGAGUGAACCUCUGCAUACUGAUGGAACCACAAUGCCUAAGAGUCCAUUCAAUGUACCAGGACGUCCUAAAGGUCCAUUGGAAGUCAUUAAAGUUUCCUAUGACUAUGUGGAUCUUGAAUGGAGAAAUCCGGACAGCGAUGGUGGUAGUCCUAUUACAAAGUAUAUAAUUGAAGUCAGAAAUGCCUCACGCUUAACAUGGCAUAAAUCUUCAGAAGUUGAACCACACAUUACUGUAGCCAGAGUUCAAGGCUUAAGUGAAGGAACUGAGUACUACUUCCGUGUGAUUGCUGUUAAUGCAGAAGGAGAAAGUCCACCCCUAGAAACAACUGAGACAACAAAACCAACAAGGGAAAUAGUUCCUCCAGGACCUCCUAUCAACUUACAUGCUACUAAGAUUGGCUGUGACUUUGUACAACUUGAAUGGCGACCACCAAGAGAUGAUGGUGGCAGCAAGAUUACAAGAUAUAUUGUACAACAGAAGAAAAAUCGCACUGAUGACUGGACUCGUGUUACAUCAGUGGAUGGUGUGGACACAUCUAAUCUCGUUACCAAUUUGAAAGAAGGAACUCCUUAUUAUUUCAGUGUUUUUGCUGAAAAUAAAGCUGGACCUGGAAAACUCUGUGAAACUACAGAUGCUAUUGUGCCAACCCGGGAAAUGAGUGUUCCUUCUGCACCAGCUGGACCUCUUGAUAUCAUUGAUGUACAACGAACUUCCAUCACAAUCAAAUGGAAGCCACCGAAGAAUGAUGGUGGCACACCAAUUAUUGGUUACAUAGUAGAGAAAAAGCAUCCAUCAUCAUUCCUCUGGAAUAGAAUGGAACAAGUUACAGCAAAUACCUUGCAGUAUUACUGUGAAAAGCUGUUUGAGAAAACUGAAUAUUUGUUCCGAGUUAUUGCUGUUAACAAUGUUGGAGAGAGUGUUCCUCUGGAAGCUGAGGGAGCAACAUUAGCACGAAGUCCUCGUGAUGUUCCAUCUCCUCCUGUUGGUCCAUUAAUAAUUGAUGGAGUCACAGAGCACACAGCAGAUCUUGAAUGGAAACCUUCUGAAAAAGAUGGUGGCUCUCCUAUUACAGGUUAUCUGAUUGAAUAUAGAUCAGUAACCCGAAGCACCUGGUCUAAAGCAGGUACAGUUGAUGCACAUACAACUAGAUUUACUGCUAAAGACCUGAUUCCAGGAACAGAAUACUAUUUCCGUGUAAUAGCCAUGAACUCUGAAGGAAACAGUCGACCUCUUGAAUCGAAAGAACUUAUAAAACCAAUGAAGAAACUAACUAUUCCUGAUGCUCCUGUUAACUUACGAGCAGCAAGAAUUGGUGAAAAUUUCAUAGAAUUAGAAUGGAAUCCUCCAGUUAACAAUGGAGGUACUCCAAUCAGAACUUAUAACAUUGAAAUUUCCUCAGGAGCACCAGAUAAAUGGGUCAAACUCGCCAAAGUUUCUUCACUUGAAACUUAUUGUAAAGCAACGAAGCUUGAUGAAAACAUGGAUUAUUUCUUUAGAGUCACAGCUGAGAAUGAUAUUGGUGUCAGUCUUCCAGCUACAACACCAAAAGCAAUUACAACUAAGAAAGGCCUAUUGGUUCCAUCCAAGCCAAUUGGUCCUCUUAGUGUUACUGAUGUCCAGCGUAAAUCUAUCAGCAUCAAAUGGAAAGCACCAUCUGAUGAUGGUGGUUCUCCUAUUACUGGAUACAUCAUAGAAAAACGUCCUGAGUCUGCACGAUUCUGGUCAAAGGUCGAUAAAGUUCGUGCUGACGUCACAGAUUAUUGUGUUAGGGAUCUCCAAGAAAGAACUAUGUAUCACUUCAGAGUGAUUGCUGAAAACAAAAUUGGAGAGAGUGAACCUUUGGAAACUAAGGAUGCCACAACAGCCAGAAGUCCAUAUGAUGUGCCAUCUGCACCAGUUGGUCCAUUGGAGAUCACAAAUGUCACCAAUAAUUCUGCUGACUUGAGCUGGAAACCAUCUGCCAAUGAUGGUGGUACACCAAUAACUGGAUACAUUAUUGAACACAGAGUAGAUUCCAGAACCUUCUGGACUAAGGCAGGCACUGUUAAUGAGAAAACUACCACAUUUACAGUACCAAAUCUUACAGAAGACACAAGUUACCAUUUCCGUGUCUUUGCUGUUAAUGCUGAAGGACAGAGCAAACCACUUGAAUCUACUGAUGUCACAAAACCAGUGAGGAAGAUUGAACCACCAAGUGCACCAAUUUACUUCAGAGCUACACAAGUUGGUCCUGACUUUGCAGUCUUGGAAUGGAAGAAACCACAUUCAGAUGGAGGUUCUAAAAUCACCAAUUACAUCAUAUCUGAAAUGGGUGGUACAUCAUCUGAUGUGAAGACUAAAAUGAAAACUGUAUCAGCUUAUGAACAUACUUGUCAUUUGAAAGACUUGAAACAGAAUUUGUCCUACUACUUCUGUGUUCAAGCUGAGAAUAAAGCUGGUCUAAGUCCUUACUGUAAUGCAGAAUAUGCAGUUACACCAAUGCGACCUCUUGAAAAACCAUCGAAACCAAUUGGUCCUCUGAAAACCUAUGAUAUUGAGAAAACAUCUAUUUCCAUUUCCUGGAAAGCUCCAGAAGAUGAUGGAGGUAGUCCUCUCACUGGUUACAUUAUUGAGAAGAAAGAAGCUAAUAGACAAUACUGGAACAAUGUGGCUAAGGUAGCACCAUCAGUGACCAACUACCGUGUUGAGGAUCUGAGACAGAACUGUGAAUAUGACUUCAGAGUUACAGCAAUCAAUAAAAUUGGUCUUAGCGAUCCAUUAGAGACCGAUGCUUCAACAAUGGCAAAGAGCUCAUUCAGUGUACCAUCUCGUCCUAAAGGACCUCUUGAAGUUACCAAAGUCUCUUAUGACUAUGUGGAUCUUGAAUGGAGAGCUCCUGACAGUGAUGGAGGCACUCCAAUCACUAAAUAUAUUGUUGAAGUAAGAUCUGCUGCACGUUUGUCUUGGAACAAAGCAGAAGAAGUUGAUGCCAAAUCUACUGUUGCCAGAGUUACAGGUUUAGUCGAGGGUACAGAAUAUUACUUCCGUGUGAUUGCUGUCAAUGAGGAAGGAGAAAGUCCACCCUUGGAGACAUCAGAAUCUACGAUACCAACAAGAGAAAUAAUGCCACCUGGACCUCCUGUUAAUCUUACGGCUACAAAGAUUGGUAAGGACUUUGUGAAUCUUGAAUGGAAGCAUCCUAAGGAUGAUGGUGGUUCUAAGAUAACCAAAUAUGCAAUAAAAUCAAGGAAAGACAGAAAGAGUGAAUGGCAAACUAUGAUGUCUAUUGAUGGUAGCAGCCGAAGUUUCAAAGCAACAGAUUUGAAAGAAGGCACUGAAUAUUACUUUGCUGUCUGUGCUGAAAACAAAGCUGGUUUUGGCAAGAUGGCAGAAAUUUCUGAAGCUAUCAUCCCUCUUAGAGAAGCAACUGUACCUUCUAUACCAACUGGUCCUCUUGAUAUCACUGAUGUUCAACGUACCAGCAUUAAUAUUAAAUGGAAAGCAUCAAAGGAUGAUGGUGGUUCACCAAUUAUCGGAUAUAGGGUGGAAAAGAAACAUCCCAGAGCACUGUUAUGGAGCAGAGUUGAUCAAGUGGAUGCCUCAACAUUUGAAAUGUAUAUUAGAAAUCUAUAUGAAAAGAAUGAGUACCUAUUUAGAGUCAUGGCUAUAAAUGCAAUUGGUCAGAGUGUCCCACUUGAGUCUGAUUCUCCUAUACUUACAAGAAGUCCUCAUGAUGUACCAUCUCCACCAAUUGGGCCACUUGCUGUUUCAAAUGUCACCUAUGAUUCAGCUGAUCUUGAAUGGAAACCAUCUGAAAAGGAUGGUGGAACACCUAUAACAGGAUAUUUGAUAGAAUACAGAACUGCUACUAGAUCUACAUGGUCAAAGGCAGCAACAGUGGACCCAAAACAGACAACAUAUACAUGCAGCAAUUUGAUGGAAGGAACGGAAUAUUUCUUCAGAGUUAUUGCUGUCAAUGCUGAGGGACACAGCCGUCCUUUGGAAUCAGAUUCUGUUAAACCAAUGAGGGAGCUUGCUCUACCAGGACCACCUGUCAAUGUCCGAGCUAGCAGAGUUGGUGAAGACUUUGUUGAACUUGAGUGGAAUCAACCAAAAUCAGAUGGAGGAACACCAAUUAUUAAAUACCAUGUUGAAAUAUCUCCAUAUAAAUUAGGAAACUGGACUAAACUGGCAACUGUUGGAGCUUAUGAUACAUUCUGUAAAGCUACGAGACUUGAAGAAGAUAUGGACUACUAUUUCUCUGUAUGUGCUGAAAAUAAAAUUGGAAAAGGUGAAGCUACUGAAACAUCGAAACCUGUCACCACAAAGAAGGGACUUUUGAUUCCAUCCAAACCAAUUGGUCCUCUUACUGUUACCGAUGUCCAACGUAAAUCUAUCAGCAUCAAAUGGAAAGCACCAUCUGAUGAUGGUGGUUCUCCUAUAAUUGGAUACAUCAUAGAAAAACGUCCCGAGUCUGCUCGAUACUGGUCAAAGGUUGAUAAAGUUCGUGCUGACACCACAGAUUAUUGUGUUAGGGAUCUCCAAGAAAGAACUAUGUAUCACUUCAGAGUAAUUGCUGAAAACAAAAUUGGAGAGAGUGAACCUUUGGAAACUAGGGAUGCUACCAUGGCCAGAAGUCCAUUUGAUGUGCCAUCUGCACCAAUUGGUCCAUUGGAGAUCACAAAUGUCACCAAUAAUUCUGCUGACUUGAGCUGGAAACCAUCUGCCAAUGAUGGUGGUACACCAAUAACUGGAUACAUUAUUGAACACAGAGUAGAUUCCAGAACCUUCUGGACUAAGGCAGGCACUGUUAAUGAGAAAACUACCACAUUUACAGUACCAAAUCUUACAGAAGACACAAGUUACCAUUUCCGUGUCUUUGCUGUUAAUGCUGAAGGACAGAGCAAACCACUUGAAUCUACUGAUGUCACAAAACCAGUGAGAAAGAUUGAACCACCAAGUGCACCAAUUUACUUCAGAGCUACACAAGUUGGUCCUGACUUUGCAGUCUUGGAAUGGAAGAAACCACAUUCAGAUGGAGGUUCUAAAAUCACCAAUUACAUCAUAUCUGAAAUGGGUGGUACAUCAUCUGAUGUGAAGACUAAAAUGAAAACUGUAUCAGCUUUUGAACAUACUUGUCAUUUGAGAGACUUGAAACAGAAUCUGUCCUACUACUUCUGUGUUCAAGCUGAGAACAAAGCUGGUCUAAGUCCUUACUGUAAUGCAGAAUAUGCAGUUACACCAAUGCGACCUCUUGAAAAACCAUCGAAACCAAUUGGUCCUCUGAAAACCUAUGAUAUUGAGAAAACAUCUAUUUCCAUUUCCUGGAAAGCUCCAGAAGAUGAUGGAGGUAGUCCUCUCACUGGUUACAUUAUUGAGAAGAAAGAAGCUAACAGACAAUACUGGAACAAUGUGGCUAAGGUAGCACCAUCAGUGACCAACUACCGUGUUGAGGAUCUGAGACAGAACUGUGAAUAUGACUUCAGAGUUACAGCAAUUAAUAAAAUUGGUCACAGUGAUCCAUUAGAGACCGAUGCUUCAACAAUGGCGAAGAGCUCAUUCAGUGUACCAUCUCGUCCUAAAGGACCUCUUGAAGUUACCAAAGUCUCUUAUGACUAUGUGGAUCUUGAAUGGAGAGCUCCUGACAGUGAUGGAGGUACUCCAAUCACUAAAUAUAUUGUUGAAGUAAGAUCUGCUGCACGCAUGUCUUGGAACAAAGCAGAAGAAAUUGAUCCAAAAUCUACUGUUGCCAGAGUUACAGGUUUAGUCGAGGGUACAGAAUAUUACUUCCGUGUGAUUGCUGUCAAUGAGGAAGGAGAAAGUCCACCCUUGGAGACAUCAGAAUCUACGAUACCAACAAGAGAAAUAAUGCCUCCUGGAAUUCCUGUUUCUUUCAUGGCUAAUAAAGUGGGCAAAAACUUUGUUAAUCUUCAAUGGAGACAUCCUAAAGAUGACGGUGGUUCAGCCAUUCUCAAAUAUAUUAUUAAAAUGAGAAAAGAUACAAAAUCUGAUUGGGUCAAACUGAUGACAAUUGAUGGUAGGGAAACAGCUUACCGUGUACCUGACUUAACUGAGGGUACUGAAUACUACUUCUCAGUUAAUGCAGAAAACAAAGUUGGACCUGGAAAGUGUGCUGAACUUCCUGAAGCUGUUGUUCCAACAAGAGAAGCAACUGUACCUUCAUGUCCUACUGGUCCUCUUGACAUUACUGAUGUCCAACGUACUAGCAUCAGUAUUAAAUGGAAGGCACCAAAGGAUGAUGGCGGUUCACCAAUUAUUGCUUACAAUGUUGAGAAGAAGCAUGCUAAAGCCCAUAUAUGGAGUAGGGUAGAUCAAGUGGAUGCUUCAACAUAUGAAAUGUGUGUUAGAGGCCUUUAUGAGAAGAAUGAAUAUCUCUUCAGAGUUAUUGCUGUCAACAAGAUUGGACAGAGUCCACCUCUUGAGUCAGACGCAGCUACUUUAGCUCGUAGUCCAUUCGAUGUGCCAUCUCCACCUGUUGGCCCACUGGUUAUCUCAAAUGUCACCUACAAUUCAGCUGAUCUUGAAUGGAAACCAUCUGAAAAUGAUGGUGGAACUUCCAUUACAGGAUAUUUGGUUGAAUACAGAACAGCUACCAGAACCACAUGGUCAAAGGCAGCAACAGUGGAUCCAAAACAGACAACAUAUACAUGCAGCAAUUUGAUGGAAGGAACAGAAUAUUACUUCAGAAUUAUUGCUGUCAAUUCUGAAGGAUAUAGCCAUCCUCUGGAAUCAACUGAUGUUACAAAACCAAUGAGGGAUUUGGCUCUACCAGGACCACCUGUCAAUGUCCGAGCUAGCAGAGUUGGUGAAGACUUUGUUGAACUUGAGUGGAAUCAACCAAAAUCAGAUGGAGGAACACCAAUUACUAAAUACCAUGUUGAAAUAUCUCCAUAUAAAUUAGGAAACUGGACUAAGCUGGCAACUGUUGGAGCUUAUGAUACAUUCUGUAAAGCUACGAGACUUGAAGAAGAUAUGGACUACUAUUUCUCUGUAUGUGCUGAAAAUAAAAUUGGAAAAGGUGAAGCUACUGAAACAUCGAAACCUGUCACCACAAAGAAGGGACUUUUGGUUCCAUCCAAACCAAUUGGUCCUCUUACUGUUACCGAUGUCCAACGUAAAUCUAUCAGCAUCAAAUGGAAAGCACCAUCUGAUGAUGGUGGUUCUCCUAUAAUUGGAUACAUCAUAGAAAAACGUCCCGAGUCUGCUCGAUACUGGUCAAAGGCUGAUAAAGUUCGUGCAGACACCACAGAUUAUUGUGUUAGGGAUCUCCAAGAAAGAACUAUGUAUCACUUCAGAGUAAUUGCUGAAAACAAAAUUGGAGAGAGUGAACCUUUGGAAACUAAGGAUGCUACAAUGGCCAGAAGUCCAUUUGAUGUGCCAUCUGCACCAAUUGGUCCAUUGGAGAUCACAAAUGUCACCAAUAACUCUGCUGACUUGAGCUGGAAACCAUCUGCCAAUGAUGGUGGUACACCAAUAACUGGAUACAUUAUUGAACACAGAAUAGAUUCCAGAACCUUCUGGACUAAAGCAGGCACUGUUAAUGAGAAAACUACCACAUUUACAGUACCAAAUCUUACAGAAGACACAAGUUACCAUUUCCGCGUCUUUGCUGUUAAUGCUGAAGGACAGAGCAAACCACUUGAAUCUACUGAUGUCACAAAACCAGUGAGGAAGAUUGAACCACCAAGUGCACCAAUUUACUUCAGAGCUACACAAGUUGGUCCUGACUUUGCAGUCUUGGAAUGGAAGAAACCACAUUCAGAUGGAGGUUCUAAAAUCACCAAUUACAUCAUAUCUGAAAUGGGUGGUACAUCAUCUGAUGUGAAGACUAAAGUGAAAACUGUAUCAGCUUUUGAACAUACUUGUCAUUUGAGAGACUUGAAACAGAAUCUGUCCUACUACUUCUGUGUUCAAGCUGAGAACAAAGCUGGUCUAAGUCCUUACUGUAAUGCAGAAUAUGCAGUUACACCAAUGCGACCUCUUGAAAAACCAUCGAAACCAAUUGGUCCUCUGAAAACCUAUGAUAUUGAGAAAACAUCUAUUUCCAUUUCCUGGAAAGCUCCAGAAGAUGAUGGAGGUAGUCCUCUCACUGGUUACAUUAUUGAGAAGAAAGAAGCUAACAGACAAUACUGGAACAAUGUGGCUAAGGUAGCACCAUCAGUGACCAACUACCGUGUUGAGGAUCUGAGACAGAACUGUGAAUAUGACUUCAGAGUUACUGCAAUUAAUAAAAUUGGUCACAGUGAUCCAUUAGAGACUGAUGCUUCAACAAUGGCCAAGAGCUCAUUCAGUGUACCAUCUCGUCCUAAAGGGCCCCUUGAAGUUACCAAAGUCUCUUAUGACUAUGUGGAUCUUGAAUGGAGAGCUCCUGACAGUGAUGGAGGUACUCCAAUCACUAAAUACAUUGUUGAAGUAAGAUCUGCUGCACGCAUGUCUUGGAACAAAGCAGAAGAAAUUGAUCCAAAAUCUACUGUUGCCAGAGUUACAGGUUUAGUCGAGGGUACAGAAUAUUACUUCCGUGUGAUUGCUGUCAAUGAGGAAGGAGAAAGUCCACCCUUGGAGACAUCAGAAUCUACGAUACCUUCCAGAGAGAAAAUGCCUCCUGGAAUUCCUAUUGCUUUCAUGGCUUCAAGAAUUGGCAAAGACUAUGUCAAUCUUCAAUGGAGACAUCCUAAAGAUGAUGGUGGUUCAGCCAUUCUCAAAUAUAUUAUUAAAAUGAGGAAAGAUACAAAAUCUGAUUGGGUCAAACUGAUGACAAUUGAUGGUAGGGAAACAGCUUACCGUGUACCUGACUUAACUGAGGGUACUGAAUACUACUUCUCAGUUAAUGCAGAAAACAAAGUUGGACCUGGAAAGUGUGCUGAACUUCCUGAAGCUGUUGUUCCAACAAGAGAAGCAACUGUACCUUCAUGUCCUACUGGUCCUCUUGACAUUACUGAUGUCCAACGUACUAGCAUCAGUAUUAAAUGGAAGGCACCAAAGGAUGAUGGCGGUUCACCAAUUAUUGCUUACAAUGUUGAGAAGAAGCAUGCUAAAGCCCAUAUAUGGAGUAGGGUGGAUCAAGUGGAUGCUUCAACAUAUGAAAUGUGUGUUAGAGGCCUUUAUGAGAAGAAUGAAUAUCUCUUCAGAGUUAUUGCUGUCAACAAGAUUGGACAGAGUCCACCUCUUGAGACAGAUGGAGCUACUUUAGCUCGUAGUCCAUUUGACGUACCAUCUGCCCCUGUUGGACCACUUGCUGUGUCAAAUAUCACCUACAAUUCAGCUGAUCUUGAAUGGAAACCAUCUGAAAAGGAUGGUGGAACACCUAUAACAGGAUAUUUGAUAGAAUACAGAACUGCAACCAGGACAACGUGGUCAAAGGCAGCAGUAGUAGACUCAAAACAAACAACAUAUACAUGCAGUAAUUUGAUGGAAGGCACAGAAUAUUUCUUCAGAAUUAUCGCUGUGAAUGCUGAAGGCCAGAGCCAUCCUCUGGAAUCAGAUGUUGUCAAACCAAUGAGACAUUUAGCUGUCCCUGGAGCUCCCAUCAAUCUUCAUGCAACUCGUGUAGGUGAGAACUUUGUUGAACUUGAAUGGAAGGAACCAAAAUCUGAUGGUGGCACACCAAUCACUAAAUACCAUAUUGCAAUAUCUCCAUUUAAACCAGGAAAUUGGACUAAAUUAGAUACAGUUGAUUCUUAUGAUUUGUAUUGUAAAGCUAUUAAUCUUGAUGAAGAUAUGACAUACUACUUCUCAGUAACUGCUGAAAACAAGAUUGGAAAAGGUGAAACAACUGAAAUUUCUGAAGGUGUAACAACUAAGAAAGGACUGUUGGUUCCAUCCAAACCAAUUGGUCCUCUCACUGUUACCGAUGUCCAGCGUACUGCUAUCAGCAUCAAAUGGAAAGCACCAUCAGAUGAUGGCGGUUCUCCUAUUACUGGAUACAUCAUAGAAAAACGCCAUGAGUCUGCUCGAUUCUGGUCAAAGGUUACUAAAGUCCGUGCUGACACCACAGAUUGUUGUGUUAGGGAUCUCCAAGAAAGAACCAUGUAUCACUUUAGAGUGAUUGCUGAAAACAAAAUUGGAGAGAGUGAACCUUUAGAAACAAAAGAAGCAACAAUGGCCAGAAGUCCAUUUGAUGUGCCAUCUGCACCAGUUGGUCCAUUGGAGAUCACAAAUGUCACCAAUAAUUCUGCUGACUUGAGCUGGAAACCAUCUGCCAAUGAUGGUGGUACACCAAUAACUGGAUACAUUAUUGAACACAGAAUAGAUUCCAGAACCUUCUGGACUAAAGCAGGCACUGUUAAUGAGAAAACUACCACAUUUACAGUACCAAAUCUUACAGAAGACACAAGUUACCAUUUCCGUGUCUUUGCUGUUAAUGCUGAAGGACAGAGCAAACCACUUGAAUCUACUGAUGUCACAAAACCAGUGAGGAAGAUUGAGCCACCAAGUGCACCAAUUUACUUCAGAGCUACACAGGUUGGUCCUGACUUUGCAAUCUUGGAAUGGAAGAAACCACAUUCAGAUGGAGGUUCUAAAAUCACCAAUUACAUCAUAUCUGAAAUGGGUGGUACAUCAUCUGAUGUGAAGACUAAAGUGAAAACUGUAUCAGCUUUUGAACACAGUUGUCAUUUGAGAGACUUGAAACAGAAUCUGUCCUACUACUUCUGUAUUCAAGCUGAGAACAAAGUUGGUCUAAGUCCUUACUGUAAUUCAGAAUAUGCAGUUACACCAAUGCGACCUCUUGAAAAACCAUCGAAACCAAUUGGUCCUCUGAAAACCUAUGAUAUUGAGAAAACAUCUAUUUCCAUUUCCUGGAAAGCUCCAGAAGAUGAUGGAGGUAGUCCUCUCACUGGUUACAUUAUUGAAAAGAAAGAGGCUAAUAGACAAUACUGGAGCAAUGUGGCUAAGGUAGCACCAUCAGUGACCAACCACCGUGUUGAGGAUCUGAGACAGAACUGUGAAUAUGAGUUCAGAGUUACAGCAAUCAAUAAAAUUGGUCUUAGUGAUCCAUUAGAGACCGAUGCAUCAACAAUGGCAAAGAGCUCAUUCAGUGUACCAUCUCGUCCUAAAGGGCCACUUGAUAUUACCAAAGUCUCUUAUGACUAUGUUGAUCUUGAAUGGAAAGCUCCUGACAGUGAUGGAGGCACUCCUCUCACUAAAUAUAUUGUUGAAGUAAGAUCUGCUGCACGUGUGUCGUGGCUCAAAGCAGAAGAAAUUGAUCCCAAAUGUACUGUUGCCAGAGUUCUUGGUUUAGUUGAGGGAACUGAAUAUUACUUCCGUGUGAUUGCUGUUAAUGAAGAGGGUGAAAGUCAACCUUUGGAGACAACAGAGUCUGCAACACCAACUAGAGACAUAAAUGUGCCUGGUGUACCUUAUGACUUUAGAUAUAGUAAAUUAGGAAAAUCACAUGUUACCUUAGAAUGGAGAACACCACAUGAUGAUGGUGGCUCUAAAAUCCUCAAGUAUUCCAUCAAAAUGAAGAAAGAUAAGAAAUCUGAUUGGGAAAAACUCAUGACUGUUGAUGGAAAUGAAAGAAAUUGUAAGGUGACAGAUCUGGAAGAAGGCCAAGAAUAUUACUUUGCUGUAUGUGCUGAAAAUAAGAAGGGCAGCGGUAAACUGGCAGAAAUGCCUGGACCUGUUAUUCCCAAAAAGGAGUCAACUGUUCCCUCAGCACCUGCUGGACCUCUGGAAAUUACGAAAGUGCAGCGCACUGCCAUUAGUAUCCAAUGGAAACCUCCUCAAGAUGAUGGUGGAUCUCCAGUUACUGACUAUAUUGUAGAAAGAAAAGUACCACGUGCAUUGCUAUGGACAAGGAUUGAUAAAGUUGAUGCUCACACACUGGAAAUGUGCUGUGAAAAUCUUUAUGAAAAACAUGAGUACUUGUUCAGAGUAACAGCUGUAAAUGUCAUUGGACAUGGCCCUUACUUGGAGAGUGAUGGAGUAACUUUGGCAAGAAGUCCAUUCGAUGUUCCAUCUGCUCCUGUUGGUCCACUGAAAGUAAGCAAUGUUACCAUAGAUUCUGCUGACUUGGAAUGGGAACCUCCAGAAAAAGAUGGUGGUAGUCCACUUACUGGUUAUGUCAUUGAAUACAGGACUAGUACAAGAUCGACAUGGUCCAAAUCUGGAAUGGUUGACGCAAAAUCUACAAAAUAUACUGUUCCAAACCUGUUGGAGGGUAAUGAAUAUUUCUUCCGCAUUAUUGCUGUCAAUGAUGAAGGACCAAGCCGGCCCUUAGCUUCAACAGAAAUUGUUAAACCAAUGAGAACAUUAGCUUUGCCUGGAGUCCCAGUAGAUCUGAGAGCCAGCAGAGUCGGUGAAGAUUUUGUUGAAAUGGAAUGGGAUGCACCUAAAUCUGAUGGCGGUUCUGCAAUAAUUAACUAUCAUUUGCAAAUAUCUGCAUUUAAGCCUGGAGACUGGCAAAAACUUGCUAAAGUUUCUGCUUAUGAUACAUAUUGCCGAGCUGUUCGUCUUGAAGAGGACAUGGAUUAUUACUUUGCUGUCUGUGCUGAAAAUAGUCUUGGUAAAGGUGAAUUUUGUGAAAUGACAAAACCAGUCAAAACCAAACGAGGAUUACUGAUUCCAGCCAAACCAAUUGGUCCUUUGACAGUGACUGAUGUAAAACGUAAUUCUAUUGGCAUCAAAUGGAAAGCACCAACUGAUGAUGGAGGUGCUCCUAUUACUAGCUACAUCAUAGAAAAACGUCAUGAAUCUGCUCGCUUCUGGUCAAAGGGAGAAAGAGUCAGUGGUGAUGUUACAACAUGCACUGUGAUGAAUCUUCAAGAGAAAACUUCAUACCAUUUCCGAGUCAUUGCAGUGAAUCAAGUUGGGGAAAGUGAACCAUUAGAAACAAAGGAAGCAACACUUGCUAGAAGUCCAUUUGAUCCUCCAUCACGUCCUGUAGGUCCAUUGAAUGUUGAUAAUGUAACCAAUUGUUCUGCGGAUCUUAGCUGGAAGAAACCUGAAAAUGAUGGUGGGUCCCCAAUAACAAACUAUGUUUUGGAAUAUAAAAUGGCAUCAAGGAACUUCUGGACUAAUGUUGCUACAGUUGGGGCAGAUGUUACAAAGUUCACUGUGCCAAACCUCAUUGAAGAAACAGAAUUUGAUUUCCGAGUUGCUGCAGUUAAUGCUGAAGGCCAAAGUCCAUACUUGGAAACUGUUGAGGUUACAAAACCAGUCAAGAAAAUAAAUCCCCCAAGUCCACCAAUAUACUUCCGAUCAACAAAAGUGGGAGCUGACUUUACUCUGUUAGAAUGGAAACCCCCUCUGGAAAAUGGAGGUGCCAAGAUUACAAACUAUCACAUAUUGAAACGAGAAUCUGAAGAUGAUGAACCUCAGAAAUUAAAAACAAUUUCAGGUCUUGAGCUGUCUUGUGAAAUUAAAGGUCUCAGACAAACAAUUACUUAUUACUUCUCCAUAUGCGCUGAGAACAAAGCUGGUCUUAGUAAACUUUGCCAUGCAGAUCAUGCUGUAUGCCCAAUGAAACCACUUGAUAAACCAACAAGACCACGAGGUCCAAUUAAAGUUUCUGAUGUCCAGAAAACUUCUAUGAGAGUCACAUGGAAAUCUCCAGAAGAUGAUGGUGGAUCUCCUUUAACUGGUUACUUCUUGGAAAAACGAGAGGCUAACAGACAGUAUUGGAGUAAAGUAGAACAGGUUCCUGCAACUGUAACUAGUUCUGUUGUUGAAAACUUGAGACAGGGUACUGAAUAUGAAUUCCAAGUCAGUGCCUUCAAUAAAGUUGGUUACAGCGAACCUCUAAUUUCAGAGGGAACAACUUUAGCAAAGAGCCCAUACGGUGUACCAUCUCGUCCUAAGGGACCACUUGAUGUUAUCAAAGUCUCUUAUGACUAUGUUGACCUUGAAUGGAAAACUCCUGAAAGUGAUGGAGGUACCCCUAUCACCAAAUAUAUAAUUGAAGUAAAAUCAGCCUCACGGUUAUCUUGGCUGAAAGCUGAAGAAGUUCCUCCUAAUAUUACAAUUGCAAGAAUUUUGGGCUUAGUAGAAGGAACCGAAUACUACUUCCGUGUGAUUGCAGUUAAUGAGGAAGGUGAAAGCCCUCCACUGGAGACAACUGAAUCAACCACACCAACAAGAGAAAUAACACCUCCUGGAAAACCCACUGAUUUGCAUACAAGUAAAAUUGGCAGAGACUUUGUUGCACUUGAAUGGAAACAUCCCAAAGAAGAUGGUGGUUCAAGAAUCACAAAAUACAUCAUUAAGAAGCAAGAUGAUAAGAAGACUGACUGGUCACGGGUAGCUACUACUGAUGGCUCAGACAGAAGAGUGAAGAUAGAUAAUCUUACUGAAGGCACAAAGUAUUAUUUCUCAGUUGCUGCUGAGAAUAAAGCAGGAAGUGGUCCAGCAGCAGAAAUGCCAAAUGGUGUUGUACCUGUUAAGGAAUUAACUGUUCCUUCCAAACCACAAGGACCUCUUGAAAUUACUGAUUUCAGUCGUACUUCAGUAAGCAUUAGAUGGAAAGCUCCUCUAACAGAUGGUGGUUCUCCAAUAACUGAUUAUAUAAUUGAAAGAAAAACAACUAAAGGACUUCUUUGGACCAAAGUUGACACAGUGGAGUCAUCCUUAUUUGACUACACAAUAACAAACCUUUAUGAGAACACUGACUACUUGUUUAGAGUUUUGGCUGUGAACAGUGUAGGAACAAGUGAGCCAUUGGUCUGUGAUAGUGCAGUCACUGCAAAAUCUCCAUACAGUAUACCAUCUCCUCCUGUUGGUCCAUUGGUAAUUUCAAAUGUGACAAUGAAUUCUGCUGAUCUUGAAUGGAAACCAUCUAAAAAAGAUGGUGGAUCUCCAAUUACUGGUUAUCUUAUUGAGUAUAGAACAUCUGCAAGAACAACAUGGUCAAAAGCAAGCUUCAUGGAUGCUAAAACUACAAAUUACACUGCUUCUAAUCUAUGUGAAGGCAGUGAAUAUUUCUUCCGUGUCAUUGCAGUUAAUUCAGAAGGACAGAGUCAGCCCUUAACUGGAUCUGAUUUCGUAAGACCAAUGAGAGAAUUGAGCUGCCCACUACCUCCAGUUGAUUUAAGAGCCACAAGAAUUGGAGAAGAUUUUGUUGAAAUAAAAUGGGAUCCACCAAAGUCUGAUGGUGGAAGUGCUAUAGAAUGCUAUGUAGUCUAUUUGUCUCAACAUAGCCCUGAUGAUUGGAAACGUGUAGCUUUACUCAGUGCAUAUGAUACAAACUUAUGCAUUACUGAUCUUCUGGAAGAUAUGAAUUAUUACUUUGGUGUAUGUGCUGAAAACAAAAUUGGAGUCAGUGAACCAGUUGAAACAAGUAAACCAGUAACAACCAUGAAAGGAUUGCUUGUACCUGCUCGUCCAACUAGUCUUGUUGUAACUGAUGUUCAACGAGAUUCUAUUGCAAUCAAAUGGAAACCACCAAAAGAUGAUGGCGGAUCUCCAAUUCUUUGUUAUAUUGUUGAGAAACGUCCAACAUCAAGCAAAUUUUGGUCAAAGGUAACCAAAGUAGAUGCUGAUACAACAGAACUAUAUGUUCGAAAUCUCCAAGACCAUACUGAGUACCAUUUCAGAGUAAUUGCUGAGAACAAAGUCGGACAGAGUGAACCUCUUGAAACACAAGAUUCCACUAUGGCUAAAAGUCCAUUCAAUGUGCCAUCUCGUCCAACUGGACCAUUGGAAAUUAAAGAUGUCACCCACAACUCAGUUGACAUGGCCUGGAAACCACCACAGAAAGAUGGUGGCAAGCCUGUUACAAGUUAUAUCAUUGAAUACAGAGUACUUUCUAGAACUUUCUGGUCUAAAGCUGGUACAGUAGAUGGAAAGACAACUACAUUUACUGCAAACAACUUGAUGGAAGAUACAGAUUACAUGUUUAGAGUAACAGCUGUCAAUGAUGAAGGUCAGAGUCCACCUUUGGAAUCUGAUGAAUCAACAAAGCCUAUCAAGAAAAUUAAUCUUCCUGGUCAACCUAUUUAUUUCCGUGCUACGAAAAUUGGUGCUGACUUUGCUGUUAUGGAAUGGAAGCCACCAAUUGAUGAUGGAGGUUCUAGAGUUACUGGUUAUGUAAUACUGAAGCGAGAAUCGUUGGAUGAUGAGCGCACAAAAAUGACAUCAGUCACUUCUCAUGAAUUAUCUUGCACAUUGAAAAAUCUCAGACAAAAUGUUAAUUACUACUUCUCUAUAUGUGCUGAGAAUAAAGUUGGUCUUAGCAAACCAGCUGAUGCAGAUCAUGCUGUAUGCCCAAUGAGACAGCCACAAAAACCAUCAAGUCCAAGAGGACCUAUCAAAGUAACUGAUAUCAUGAAAACUUCAAUGAAUAUUUCAUGGAAACAUCCAGAAGAUGAUGGAGGAUCUCCUCUGACAGGUUAUCUCAUCGAACAAAAAGAAAGUAAGCGUCAGUACUGGAAUAAGGUUCAGCAAGUGCCUGCCACUGUUACAUCCUUUAAUAUCCAGAAUUUAAGAGCAAACACUGAAUAUGAUUAUAGAAUUUCUGCUGUAAAUAAAAUAGGCUACAGUGAACCACUGAUUUCAGAUGCAUCAACAAUGGCCAAGAGUCCAUUCAGUCCUCCAGGACGUCCUAAGGGUCCCCUUGAAGUCAUUAAAAUAUCUUAUGACUAUGUUGAUCUUGAAUGGAAAGCACCUGAUUCUGAUGGUGGCAGUCCAAUUACCAAGUAUAUUAUUGAAUACAAAUCUGCAACUCGACCUAGUUGGCUAAAUGCUGCAGAAGUUGAAGCUAAUGUUAAUGUUUAUAGAGUUCUUGGAUUAGCUGAAGGAACUGAAUAUUACUUCCGUGUCAUUGCUGUCAAUGAAGAAGGACAGAGUCCACCUUUAGACACAACUGAAGCAACAAUACCUUCUCGAGAAAUACAUGUACCUGGAUCACCAGUUAAUGUAAGAGCUAGCCAAAUUGGUGAAAAUUAUGUUUGCCUUGAAUGGAGACCACCAAAGAGUGAUGGUGGUUCUAAGGUUUUGAAAUAUACUGUUAAAAAGCGAAAAGACAAGAAGGAUGAAUGGGAACGCCUAAUGGUUGUUGAAGGUUUAGAUACAUCAUUCAAAGUAACUAAUCUGGAAAAGAAUGUUGGUUAUUACUUCUCUGUCUCAGCUGAAAAUAAAGCUGGUAUGGGAAAACCAUGUGAAACUGUUGGUUCUGUUAUCACUCAACGAGAAGCAACUGUUCCUUCAAUGCCUACUGGACCCAUUGAAAUUGUUGACGUACAGCGUACUUCAAUCAGCCUAAGAUGGAAACCACCUCAGGAUGAUGGUGGUUCUCCAGUCAUGUUCUACCAAGUUGAAAAGAAAACUCCUAAAUCAUUAAUUUGGUCGAGAGUUGAAAAAGUUGAAGCAAGUACAUUAGAAGUGUGCUGCACUAAUCUAUAUGAGAAAAAUGAAUAUCUAUUCAGAGUCAUUGCUGAAAAUAUGCUUGGACAGAGUCAACCAUUAGAAACUGAAGCAGCUACUACAGCAAAGAGCCCAUUCAAUGUUCCAUCUGUUCCUGAGGGUCCAUUGAUUAUAAGCAACAUUACUAAAGAUUCAGCUGAAUUAGAGUGGAAGCCACCUCUCAGUGAUGGUGGAUGUGAACUCAUAGAAUAUAUUGUUGAAUACAGGACUGCUACAAGAACAACAUGGUCAACUGCUGGCAAGGUGCCACCUAAAACAACUUCAUUCAAAGCCACAGAUUUGAUUGAAUCACUGGAAUAUUUCUUCCGUGUGGUUGCUGUCAAUGGUGAAGGACGAAGUUUGCCUCUUGUUUCAACUGAUGUUGUCAAACCAAUGAGGGAACUAACUCCUCCAGAUAAGCCUACCAAUUUCAGAGCAUCAAGAGUUGGGGAAAACUUUGUUGAAUUGGAAUGGUCUGCACCAGCAGUUGAUGGUGGAACACCUAUUACAGGAUAUGUUGUGCAAAUGUCACCACAGAAACCAGGCAACUGGACCACAGUCACCUCACUUGACUCUUAUGAUACAAGCUGCCGUAUAACAAAACUUGAUGAAAACAUGGACUAUUACUUUAAUAUUUGUGCCUUGAAUAAGAUUGGUGCUAGUAACAAAGCUGACACCGAAAUCUCUGUGACAACAAAGAAAGGACUCCUUGUACCAUCAAAACCAACUGGUCCUCUUCUUGUUACCAAUAUUCAACAAGAUUCAGUCUGCAUCAAGUGGAAACCAUCUAGUGAUGAUGGUGGCUCUCCUAUAACAGGUUACGUUAUUGAAAAACGAGCUUCUUCCAACAAAUACUGGUCUAAAGUUGAAAAAGUGAAAGAAGGAACGAAUGAGUAUCAAAUAAAAAAUCUCCAUGAGAAAACAGAAUAUUACUUUAGAGUUUAUGCUGAAAACAAAAUAGGAAGCAGUGAACCUUUGGACACUAAAGAAGCAACUCUUGUUAAGAGUCCAUUUGAUGUCCCAUCUCGACCAGUUGGACCAUUAACAACACAAAAUGUCACAUACAAAUCAAUUGAUCUUUCAUGGAAGCCAUCUGAAAAAGAUGGAGGAAAACCUAUCACAUCUUAUCUUAUUGAAUACAAAGCUUCAACUCGUUCUUCCUGGUCGAAAGCUGGUUCAGUCGAUUCCAAAUCCACUUCUUUCACUGUUCAUGACCUAAAUGAAGAUACUGAAUAUUUCUUCAGAGUCACUGCUCUCAAUUCUGAAGGGAAAAGUCAACCACUGGAAACACUUGAUACAACAAAAACUACUAAAAAUAUCUAUAUCCCAGACUCUCCUAUUCACUUAAGAGCUACCAAAAUAGGACCAGAUUUUGCAGUUUUAGAAUGGAGACCACCUAUUUCAGAUGGUGGAUCUAAGAUUACCGACUAUGUAAUUUAUAAACGUUUUGAUAUUUAUGAAGACCGAGAGAAAAUAACUUCAGUCAGUGCAUAUGAACAUACAUACACUGUAAAAGCUUUGCGAGAAAAUGUUAAUUACUACUUCUCUGUCUGUGCUGAAAAUUCAGUAGGCUUAAGCAAGCCAUGUGAUGCUGAUCAUGCAGUUACACCAAAACGACCUUUAGCUAUUCCAUCCGUACCAAGAGGUCCUAUCAAAGUAUUUGAUGUCCUCAAAAACUCUGCCAGUAUCAGCUGGAAUGCUCCUGAAGAUGAUGGUGGCUCACCUCUCACAGGUUAUAUACUUGAAAAGAAAGAGUCUAUUCGAUCAUUCUGGAGUCAAAUUGAUCGUGUACAUGCAAAUAUAACAUCUUAUAAUAUUAAAGACUUGACUGAAGACACUGAAUAUGAUUUCCGAGUAACUGCUGUCAAUAGAGUUGGUAACAGUGAUCCUCUUGUUACUGAUUUAACAACAAAGAUCAAAAGUCCAUUUGGUAAACCAACAUCUCCACUGGGACCAGUGGUAUAUGAUAAUGUAUCAGAUAGGUUCUGUGAUGUUGUUUGGAAUCCACCAAGAUCAGAUGGAGGGUCUCCAUUGCUUGGCUAUAUCAUUGAAAUGAGAGCUAGAGCCCGACCUAUAUGGGUCAAAGUUGGUGAAACUGAUGGUAAAACAACCAAAUUAACUGUUUUUGACCUUAGAGAUGACACCGAAUAUUAUUUCAGAAUUUCUGCAUUUAAUGAAGAAGGAGUAAGUCAGCCUUUAGAGUCAGCAGAACCUGUACAACCUCAGAAAAAUAUAGUUGUACCUGGAAGUCCUGUUGACUUAAGAACAACAAGAGUGGGAUUAGAUUAUGUUGUUAUGGACUGGAAACCACCAAAAGAGGAUGGAAGAUCCAAAAUUACAAAUUAUAUUAUAGAAAUGCGUGAAGAAGGAUCUACUAAAUGGAACAAGAUUGCAACAACCAAACUUGGUGAAGAAUAUUACAAAGCUGAUUUCUUAAAAACUGGUGUUCCUUACUUUUUCGCUGUCUCAGCCCAGAAUAAAGUUGGUACCGGAGAGCAUGCAGAAACUACAUCUGCUAUUGUACCUCAAAAGGAAGCUGAAAAACCAUCCCCACCAAUUGGACCAGUUGUUUUCAGUGAUAUUCAAAGAACAUAUUUGGCUCUUUCAUGGAAACCCAGUGAACACGAUGGUGGUUCUCCUAUUAUUUCAUAUAUCAUAGAUAAAAGGGAAAGCUGGAAAUCCUCUUGGACUACAAUUGCUAAAGUACCAUCAACUACCACAAGUUAUUGUGCACAAUCAUUGAAGGAAAAUCAAGAAUAUUUCUUCAGAAUCUCUACAGUAAAUUCUGUUGGAAAAUCUGAUCCUUUGAUAUCAGAUGCUGUUAUUCCAAAGAGUCCAUUCAGUGUACCUUCAGCUCCUGAAGGUCCUCUGAUUGUUUCUGAUGUCACUGCUGAUUCAGCUGUGAUAUCUUGGAAACCUCCAACGGACACUGGUGGUCUAGCACUUACAGGAUAUGUUGUUGAACGCCUUGAUAAGAGUAGAUCAACAUGGCUUACUGCAGGUAGAAUUGGACCAAAACUUACAGCUUUCUGUGUGCAGAAUCUUCUUGAAGGAUGUGAUUACAUCUUCAGAGUAAUUGCAGAAAAUCCUGAGGGUUUCAGUCCUGCUUUAAAAUCUUCUGACUCCAUCAGGACAAAACGUCCAAAAGAGGCUCCAGGAGUUGUCGACUAUUUGGAAUACUCUGAUAUGACAGCUGAUUCAUUAAUUCUUCACUGGACCCGACCAUCAAAAGAUGGUGGUAGUUCUGUCAGUAACUACGUUAUUGAAUCCAAACUUGAAGGAAGCGAUGAUUGGCAUAAAGUAACAUCUGUUGAAGGUCACCACACCAAAUAUAAGGUUAAGAACCUUGAAGAAAAUAGCAAAUAUAUAUUCCGUAUAUCUGCUAUUAAUGAAAUUGGUUCUGGUCAUCCUGUUCAAUCGGAUCCUGUUUUAGUUAAAGGACCAAUUGCAACUCCAGAUGCACCAACAGGUCCACUAAAGGCAGUUGAAGUUCAAAGCCAGUCAAUUACAAUUCAAUGGGAACCUCCUAAACAUAAUGGUGGUUCUCCACUGACAGCAUAUAUUAUUGAAUUCAGAAAUGCCAAACGAGUUGGCUGGGAUCUUGCUGAUGAAAUUGGAGCCGAUAAGACAAUAUUUAAGAUCAAAAAGUUAAUUAAGAAUAAUGACUAUUUCUUCAGAGUCUUUGCUAAAAACAAAGCUGGUAUCAGUUUGCCUUUGGAAUCCAAACUUUUCACAGCUAAAGAUGCUUAUGGUCCUCCAUCAAGUCCUGUUGGACCAUUGAAGCUAAGUGGUGUUACAGACAGCUCUGCUGAUCUGGAAUGGAAUCCUCCUGAAAGUGAUGGUGGGAAACCAAUUACUGCAUACAUCAUUGAAUACCGAGGUGUAUGGCGUACCUCUUGGACCAAGCUUGCAGAAGUCAGUUCAACUACUUUUCGGUAUACUGCCACUAAUUUGGUAGUAGGAAAAGAAUACCAAUUCCAAGUUUUUGCUGUCAACAGUGAAGGGUAUAGUUCUCCAUUAAUUUCAGCAGAAACGGUGAAACCAAGAGAACAACCGGAAAAGCCAGGUCCUCCAUCUCAUGUAACAGUUACCAGUGUUGGUAAAAAUGAUGUUACAAUUCAAUGGGGUGCACCACGCAACGAUGGUGGUUCCAUGAUAACUAGGUACCACAUCUCCUUGAGUAAAUGUUCCCGAACGUCCUGGGAUAAGGUUACUACUGUGAAGUCUUUCGUUAGUGAAUAUACAUUCACUGAUUUAGAAGAAGGUGUGGAGUACUUUUUUGGUAUUGCAGCAGAAAAUGACAUAGGAGUUGGGCAAAUGCGUAAAACUGAAGAGGCAAUUAGGCCUAAGAAACAGCUUGAACUUCCUGCUCCUCCGGAAGGUCCUUUGAAAGUGACUAAUGUUCAGAGUAACCAAGUUACACUUUCUUGGAAAUCUAGUCCAUAUGAAGCCCACAAACCUGUUGACAAUUAUAUAAUUGACAAACGGGAAAGCUGGAAAUCUUCAUGGGGAUUCUAUUCUCGUGUUAAAGCAGAUACCACUACAACCUGUGUAAAGCAGCUUAGAGAAGGACAAGAAUACUUCUUUAGAGUAUAUGCAGAAAAUAUUAUUGGAUAUUCAACAGCCAUUGAAACUGACCAAGGUGUUAUUCCUAAGAGUCCACACAGUGCUCCUUCUGCUCCUGAAGGACCUUUAACUGUAUCUGAUGUCACAGAUUCAUCAGCAACCAUAAAAUGGAGACCACCUCUUUCAGAUGGUGGACUACCAAUUAUUCACUAUAUCAUUGAAUAUAAGGUUGAUAUCUGGGGAAGCUGGAUGAAAGCAGGUAAAGCUGACUAUGAGGAAAACAAAUACAAUGUUAAAAACCUCAAUGAAGGAAAGCAAUACUAUUUCAGAGUUUCUGCUGAAAAUCCUCAAGGUAUCAGUCCACCAUUGGCAACUAUUGAUCCAAUUGUUCCAAGAAAAGAACCAGAACCCCCAUCAUCACCAGUUGGACCUGUAAAAUUCAUUGAUGCAACAAUCUCAUCAGUUACUUUGGGAUGGCGUACACCAAGAGAUGAUGGCAGAUCAGCUAUCACUGGCUAUAAAAUAUACCUCUAUGUGGAUGACAAGUGGAAAUGUAUUAAAACUGUUGAUGGAAAUACAUUUAAAUACAAGGUUGAAGACCACAUCAAAGAAGGUGGCAAAUACUUUUUCAGAAUAACAGCUGUCAAUGCUUUAGGAGAAAGUACUCCACUUGAUUCUGAUAUGUAUGCUCCUAAGAAAGAGAAAGUUGUACCAUCAGAGCCAGUUGGUCCUAUCGUUGUAAGUAAUAUCCAGAGAAGUUCAGUAGUUAUUGAAUGGAAACCACCUGUUCAAGGUCAUCCUCUUACUGCUUACAUAAUUGAGCGUAAAGAAAAGACAAGAUCUUUCUACAGUAAAGUACAAUCAGUUGAUGAAAGCAUAAAUAAAUUAUCUAUAACAAAUUUGAUAGAAGGAAAUGAAUAUUUCUUCCGAGUUAUUGCUGAAAAUGAAGUUGGUCCUGGUAAACCUCUUGAAAUGGAAGACCCAGUUUUGAUUAAGAGCCCUUACAAAAAACCAUCAGCUCCAGAAGGUCCUUUGGUUCAAAGCAAUUUGACUGAAGAAUCGGUAGAUCUUAAAUGGAAACCUCCUACUGAUGAUGGUGGCUUACCAAUUACACAUUAUGUUAUUGAAGUACGAGAAAUUAAUAGACAAACAUGGAGCUUUAUGUGUGAAAUAAGAUCAACUUCCACAAAUUACACUGUAACUGGAUUGGUACCUGGAAUGCAGUACUUCUUCAGAAUUUCAGCUAAGAAUGAUGAAGGGCAAGGACCUCCUCUCACAUCAGACCAACCAGCUAGACCUGUGAAAGCAGCAACUGUUCCCAAAUCACCAGAAUUCUUAGGUAUCAAGAGUAUUGGAAAAGAUCUUGUUACUAUGGAAUGGGGAAAACCAUUAGAUGAUGGUGGAUCAGAUAUCACAAAUUACAUCGUUGAAUACUGCCCAGAAGGAAAAGAUAAGUGGAUUCAGGCUGCUAAAGUUGGAGCUUUCGUAAACUAUUAUGUUGUUACUGACUUGGAAACUGAAAAAUUAUAUUAUUUCGGCAUUUCUGCUGAAAAUGAAAUUGGUCAAAGCUGCAGGCUAGAGACACAAGGACCAAUAAAGACAGUGAAACCAAUUGAGGUACCUACAGCACCUGAAGGACCGCUUGUGAUUGAAAAUGUCAAGCGUAAUUCUGUUGGGCUUACAUGGAAAGCUAGUAAAGAUGAUGGUGGUUCUCCAAUUUUGUCAUACAUUAUUGAACAAAGAGAAUCAUGGAGAACAAGUUGGCAAUAUGUUGAUUGUGUCUCACCAAAGACCUUUGAGUAUGUUAUUAGAAAACUUCAAGAAGGUCAAGAGUAUACAUUCCGAAUUAUUGCUGAAAACAGUGUUGGCGUAUCAUCUCCAUUAGAGGCCAAGAAACUUAUCAAGAUUCUAAGUCCGUUUGCUCCACCUGAUCCUCCAGCACAUCUUCGUAUUGAAGAUAUAACUAGUAAAUCAGUAACCUUAGAAUGGGAUACUCCACAGUUUGAUGGAGGUAAACCUAUUAGUGGUUAUGUUAUUGAACGGCGAGACCUUUCUCAACUUUCAUGGCUUCAAGUUGGAGAAACUGGUACAUUGCACACAAGAUUCAUUGCAGAAAAAUUGGUUGAAGGAAAAGAAUAUCAGUUCCGAGUCUUUGCUGUUAACAGUGAAGGCCGCAGCAAACCAAAUGAAAUAAAGGAGCCUAUUAUACCAUUGAAAGUUGCUACUGUUCCUUCAGCUCCUGGUGGACCAGUUAUUUUCAAAUCAAUUACAGCAACAUCUGUGACACUGGAAUGGCUACCUCCUAAGAACAAUGGUGGCGCUUCUAUCAAACAUUAUCGUAUUGAAUAUGCUACUGAUACUGCUGACUGGAAAACAGUUGACAUAAGUGAUGUUGAGUAUAUCAGAGUACCUGAUCUUCAAACUGAUCAGCCAUAUUACUUCCGUAUUACAGCAAUAAAUGCAGUUGGACAGAGCAAAUACUUGGAAUCAGACAUUUUCAUUCCUAAAAAGCCCCUGUGUCCACCUAAUCCUCCAUCUGGUCCUAUCAGCAUUGUUGAAAUUACCAACGAGGCUGUCACUCUUGAAUGGAAGCCUCCAACAGAUGAUGGUGGAUGUGCUGUUACAGAAUAUGUUGUUGAAAAACGUGAAGCAAACAGGAUGAUGUGGCAGUUUUCAGAAAGAGUCUAUGAUGAUACUUUUGCUACCAUUAAAAACCUUUCUGAAGGCGAUGCUUUCUUCUUCCGUGUGCUUGCAUUGAACAGAGUUGGAUGCAGUGCACCAUUAGACAUGGAUGUACCUGUUAUUAUCAAGAGUCCAUUUGAACUUCCAUCAGCUCCAACUGGUCCUCUGAAAAUAUCUCAUAUCACUGAGAACUCUGCUGAUUUAGAAUGGGCCCCACCAAGAUAUGAUGGUGGAACUCCUAUUACAAUGUAUGCCAUUGAAAUUCGAGAGCUUAGACGUAAACUCUGGGGCAGAGCAGGAACAGUGGAUGCAUACACUACCAGAUUCACUGCUAGAAAUCUUGUUGUGAACUAUGAAUACUUCUUCAGAGUUAGAGCCAUCAACAAAGAAGGAGAAGGACCUGCUCUUGAAGGAUACGACAGUGCUUGUCCAAAGAUGAAGCUUGAAUUGCCUUCAUCUCCAGUAGGUGUCAAAAUCACAUCUAUUGGAUGCGAUAAUUGCACUAUUGAAUGGAGAGAACCUAGAUUUGAUGGUGGUGAUAGCAUAAAAUCUUAUAACAUCUACCUCUGCCAAGAUGGCAACUGGGCAAAAAUAGACACAGUGGACUCCUUUGUCAAUAUGUAUACUGCUAAAAAAUUACGCAGUGACAAACUUUACUUGUUUGGAGUUGCAGCUGAAAAUGAAGUUGGUUCAAGUAAAAUUGUACCUGUUCCAAAUGCUAUUACUCCUGAGAAGAAAAUAUAUGCUCCAUCAAGACCUAUUGGACCAUUAUCUGUAAAUAACAUAACAAAAUCAUCGGCUGUGAUAUCAUGGAAGCUUAGUGAAAAUUAUGGUGGAUCACCAAUCAUAAGUUAUAUCACUGAAAAGAAAGAGACUUGGAAGUCUUCAUGGGCAAUGGGUGAAAGGGUUCCUGCAAAUACUACAUCAUGUGAAUUAACUUUCCUCUCUGAAGACUGUGAAUAUCAUGCACGAGUGUUUGCUGAAAACAGCGCUGGGCUGUCUGAACCAUUGAUGACUACUGAACCAUUCUUGGUCAGAAGUCCUUACGGUAAACCAUCUGCUCCUCGAGAUCUGGAUGUAAGUGAAGUUGGUGCUGACUUUGUUACUCUGAAAUGGUCUGCACCAAAGAGUGAUGGAGGAAAACCUAUAAAUUCCUAUUCGAUUGAGAAACGAGAUAUGACUCGUAUGAUAUGGGUCCAUGUUACUGAUGUUAAACCAGGAUCAAGAGAAUUUACUAUCAAGAAACUUUUGGAAGGACGAAAUUAUCAAUUCAGAAUCUCAGCUACAAAUGAGGAAGGGGAAGGAUCUUUUGCACAGUCUGAUAUUGUCAGCUGUGAAAAGCCUCCUGAAAAACCAGAUAUUCCUUCAGGUUCUCUUCAACCUUGUCAUGUAACAGAAUCUUCUGUUACAAUGGACUGGUUGCCUCCAUAUUAUGAUGGUGGUUCAAGAUUAUUGUAUUAUAUCCUGGAAAUUAAAGAAUCUGAUUCAGAUAAGUGGUUAGAGGUUACUAGAACACUAGAUACCUCAUGCCUCAUACGUGGUCUUUUUGAAGGAAUGGAAUAUGAUUUCAGAGUGAGUGCUGUUAAUGCCAUUGGUGCUAGCAGACCACUGCCUACAGAAAAACCAGUAAUUCCAACCAGACAAUCAGAAACUCCUUCAAUUCCACUUGGACCACUUAACGUUUCUGAUAUAACUCGUAAUUCCUCGACACUAUCCUGGAAACGUCCCAGUGAUGAUGGUGGUUGUCCAAUUAUUGGAUAUCUGAUAGAAAAAUUGGAUCUUGUUUGGGGCUUUUGGGUUAGAGCAGCAUAUGUUCCCGCAGAAGAUACAAAUUGCACUCUGCAUGAUUUAGCUGAAAACCAUAGCUACAAUUUCAGAGUUUAUGCUCAUAAUGAAAUUGGAUACAGUGAGCCUUUGGAAUUGAGGGCCCCUGUGAAAAUAAAGAGCCCAUAUAAUAAACCUUCAGCACCACAGAACUUGCAUGUAACAGAAGUAACUGAAGAUAGUGUCACACUGGAAUGGACACGACCUCUUGAUUUUGGUGGUACAGACUUGUAUGGCUAUGUGAUUGAAAGAUGUGAUGGUAGUUCAACAAAUUGGAGAGCAAUUGGUAGAACCACACAAACAAUGCAUAUGGUUGAUGGUUUACAAGAAGGCCGUCAAUAUAGAUUCAGAGUGGCAGCAGAAAAUGUUGAAGGCAUUGGUAAUGCUGUAUGGCUUGCCUGUCCUGUUAUGCCACGUAGACCAAUUGAACUUCCUGGAGUACCUGAAGAUCUUGAUAUUGGACAAAUUACUCAAUGGUCUGCUUCCCUUUACUGGAGAAAACCAAUUAAUGAUGGUGGAUCUCCAAUUACCACCUAUGCAAUUGAACAGAGUUGGGCAGGUUCUGACUGGACUGAAAUUGUUACACUGGAUGCUGCUGUACAUUCAUAUACAGUCCGAGACCUCUAUGAAAAUGUUGAAACAUAUUACAGAAUCAGAGCAAAGAAUGUUGCUGGUUGGGGAGACUACAAAGAAUUACCUCAAACAGUUGUACCUAAGAAGGCCCCAGGUUGCCCAUCAGUUCCUAUUGGGCCAAUAAUUAUCAAAGAUGUUAAUGAAGACAAUGUUACCAUUGAAUGGUCACCCUCUGUUAUGGAUGGUGGAGCUCGUAUACUCGGUUAUAUUGUUGAAAGGUUUGACAGACGAAACAGUGCCUGGCGAAAAUGUACUCGUGUGUCUGCUGAUUCUACUAAUGCUUAUAUCAGAAGCCUUGUACCCGGAGAUUCUUACCAAUUUAGAGUCAUGGCUUUUAACGAAGUUGGACUUAGUCUUCCAUUGGAAACUGAGAUUAUUGUUCUUCCCAAAGCAUCAGCAGAGAGCCAGAUGGCUUUACAAUUGUUCCGUGGUCACCAAAUGUUAUCGGUUUCUCAGGACUACACAUAUGAAAGAUCAGAAAGAUCAGAACAGCAAACACAUAGACCUAUAAUACCAUUACCCUACCACUCAACUCAAGAACAGUUGGACCAAUCUCAUGACAGCCAAUAUUAUAGACAGCUUUAUGAAACAACACGUCAACAUGAGCUUGAUCUAAGUCAGCAUCAUGCACAUAAUCUGCGUUAUUAUGAUUAUUCUACAAUAUUCUCUGAUUAUGAAUCAUCUUAUCUCGCUGAUUAUGAGACAUCUCUCCGUCUCACUCGUCAGCCAUAUUAUGAAAAUAUUUAUCCAGUAACACAAAUUCGAAAUUAUCACCAAGUGCCAAAUCUGGAAACUGACACUUCAUCAUCUAUGGAUGUAUACCGAAUAAGGUAUUCUGAUUAUGCAACCUUAUACCGUGAAUCUCAGUUGUCAGAGGCUGAACACCAAGAAUCCCGAAGCCACCAAGUAUCACGGAACUACGACAGGCACCAUGUGCAACAGAGGCAAUAUCAAGUAAAUGCCUCUAGUCAGUUUACUCAACAACAUCAGGGCCACCGAAGCAGAUUAUCCAACAAGGCCACGAGGGCCUUUGAGGAUCUCAAGCAUCACUAGAGAUAAUGCGACUUUCCAGUGGGAGACCCCUGAGAGUGUUGGCAGUGCUCCCAUAACUGGAUAUAUAAUUGAAA